AUGCCUCCCGGGCUCCCUUCCGGCUCGGCCAUUCCGGGGCGGGGCGGGCGCGGGCGUUGCCGGGCAACAGCCGGCCGGCGAGCGGAAGUGGGCGGGGCGGGGCGACGUCGCAUCCGGCGCGGCGGAGUGAGGCGCUUCCGGCGGCCGGGGGCGCAGGCAGGCGGAGAGCUGAGGCGAGCCCCCCCUUCCCCCCCCCCGCCCGGCCGUUCCCUCCCUCCCUCCGUCCGUCGCCGAAGGGGAGCCGGGAGAGGAGGCGGAGGAGGCCCGGCAGGGACGCGGCGGCGGCGGCGGCGGCGCCUGCGCAGAGGGACCCGGCCGGGCGUCGCGUGGGAAGCGGCUGACACGUGGAGGCGCCUGGGUCCCCUCCGGGCGGAGGCCGCAGGUGGGUGUCGCGGGGAGGCCGGGCGGGGGUCCCAGGGGGGCCGCCUUCUCCGUCCUGGGGGCCGGGGCUUCCCUCCCAGCCCGUCCGGGCGCCUGUCUCGCACGUGGCCCCACUCGGGGAAGGGGGGGACCCCAGUUCGGACGCCGCCGCCGCCGCCGCCGCCGCCGCCGCUUCCUUCCCUCCGUCUCCUCGAUGGCGGCCUUCCGAGCCCCCGGAGAAGGAGGCGGGGAAGCGGCUCGGCUCCCCGGCGCCCCUCGGGCUCUCCGACUCGGCUUCCCGCGGGGAAAGCGAGGGGUUUCCCUUUGCCCCACGUGCCCGAGCAGGCCAGGAAAUCGAGCCGGAGGCCGGAUCAGAAGAUGGCUGCGUGCUCCAGAUACCUGGCCUCAUCUCCUGUACUCGCCUUCAAGUGCAGCAGACCAGCAGCUGAACGUGGGGCUUUUUUAGGCGAUUGCGCAGGUGCCAGAAAAAUGAAUUCAUAGAUAGAUAGAUGGAUGGAGAACCCGGGAGGGGUCCCGUCGGAGAGUCUUUUGAGGGGUUUGGCGAGCUAGCCCUGCUCUAGUGUGUUGGCCCCCUGGGCACAGAACGAUAUACAACAUGGCACAACUUAGCUGGCACAGAUCUGCUGCUUUCCCUAGAUCUUGCCAUGUGGGGAACUCAGAGAUCUUCGUAUGCAGAGUGCGCACAAUGAAAUUGCAAUUAAACUGCAUGAUGGUGAGAUGUGGGAGCACCAGUGGCUAAAAGUAUCUGGGCAGAGAGCCAGAGUUGUUGCUGCUGGUCUCCUUGAAGGGCCUGCAUGGAGAGGGGAACUGUGGUGGCCCUUCAGACAUGGCCAGAGGGCAGCUCCCAUCAUCCCUAGCCAUUGACCACCCUGGCUGGGAGUUGGGAAUCCAGCCACACCUCUGAGUGACAUAUUUCUCUCCCCCCUUGGCUUCAGGGGGAAGGGCAGUUGCUCAGGGGCAGAGCUCCUCCCUCCUCAAGGUGUGAAGGGCGCCAGGCUCCCCGGUAUGGCGUGGGGAGACCCCCGGCUGAAAAUCCAGGCAUCUUAGAGGUAGCCGGACCAAUAUAGCAAGAAGGCUGUUUCCUUCUCUCCUUGUGUUUAGCCGGGCAGCUGAGGAACCUAGCAGGUCUCCCCAAAGAGGGUCUUCCACAACCCGGGUGCCACCAGAGGUUGGCGCCGCUAAUGAAGAGGGCACUUCCAGAACCAAGGUGGGCAUCAAAUACUCUGUUUCAUCCAGGAACACUUGUGCCCAGGCUGCGACAACAGGCUUGAUCACCUUGACCUAAAGCGGCCUGUUUGGCACCAGAAAACCAGAAUUCACUGAGGUCCAUUUGGAGCAAUUCUGUUUCCCCCCAUUGCAGGAGGGGGUCUUACUAGGAUCCUAACUGUGGUUUCAGGAAGUGCCCCUUCCCUUAGGGAGGUUCUGUCUGCUCCCAUCACCCACAAGAGCCAAGGGCACCCAUGGCGAGCCUCUCGCCCCAAAGAAUUCUGUAGCCAGGCUGCGCAAGAACCUUGACCAGAAUCUGUGGUCUUGGUCAACGCGCGUUUGAGCUGCUUUAUUUGCCGACUGUUUGAAGUGGGUCACAAAGGCGAAGGGCCCCCGCCUUGCACACGAAAGGUCCAGUGGUCAGGCCCCAGUGGCAGCAUCUCCAGGCAGGGCUGGGAAAAGGCUCCCUGGCUGAAAUCCUAGAGAGCUGCUACCAGUCAGUGUAGGCAGUACUGAGUCAGAUUGUCAAUGUAGCUGCUUGUGUUGAUUUGCAAGAGAUUUCAGAAGUAUGGUGUGUUUAUUUUAUGACACUGUGAGCUGCCUCCGGCAGGCCCUGUUCAAAAAGGUGGCAGAAUAAAUGAUUUUGUACAUAUAUAAAAUGUUUCCGUCGAUGGAGGUGCAGUUUGGAUAGAAUACCAAGAUUCCUCGCAGCUUCGCAUGUACGCCUUGGGCGGUUGUCUCAGCGCCAGAAUAAUCAGCACCAGCCCCGCAAGCAGCCGCUGUGGAAAAAGCUGCUCAGAGAGGCUUUGGAAUCUCUUCCUUAACCCUUUCAGAGGCUGGGGGAGAGAGGCUUCAGGAUCUUGGGAAUUGUGUUCCUGAGCACACGGCUGGUCUAGGUGAGCUCUUGAGUCCCCACAAGAGAAGCGUCCCUCCCCUGGCUCCCACCCUCCCACCAGCCUUCUUUGCGCAUGCACCAUGGCACAGGGCUUUCCUUUUCGUUUGCUUUCUGCCAAAAUGCACUUGCAGCAAUUAGAGGUGCUUGUUAGGGGCGGCUGCUGGGAUCCUGUCCAACGGGCUCUACUGGGAGCUUGCAGAUCCUUGCCAAACUCCCUGGAGAUUUUCCUCAUUAUAGGAGUUACAUUUACAAGGAAUGGCAAAAUGCAGAGGGAGUGAUGACAUACUGGGAGCAGGGGCAUUCCAUUAGGCUCUGUGAGAAGUUCCUCCCUGUUGCUAAAAGACCUGCUAGUUCUCAGGGUGGGGGUCAAGUUAUUAAAUAACUUCUGAAGCCGAUCAAAGUUUACUGGAUUUCUGUGACUCACAAGCGCUAAGUGCUGCUUGGCCUUGAGUUGAACCUGCCCAGGAAUAACCAGGGGUAAAGUGCGGGCUGAGGGACGCGGGUGGCGCUGUGGUCUAAACCACAGAGCCUAGGACUUGCCGAUCAGAAGGUCCUGUUGCUCGGUCCCUGCUCCUGCCAACCUAGCAGUUCGAUAGGACGUCAAAGUGCAAGAAGAUAAAUAGGUACCGCUCUGGCGGGAGGGUAAACGGCGUUUCUGUGCGCUGCUCUGGUUCACCAGAAGCAGCUUAGUAAAGCGAGAUGAGCGCCGCAACCCCAGAGUCGGCCACGACUGGACCUAAUGGUCAGGGGUUCCUUUACCUUUACCUUAAAAGUGUGGGCUGAGUGCAAAAGUUUGGGUUGCCUUCCUGUGGAGCAUUCACAGCUCUGGACCGCAAGCGGCUUUCUUUUUAAAAAGGACCAGACAGAUUUGUGGAAGAGGAGGGACGUCUGGCCUAGUGUAUGCCGUGAUGUGAUGCCUGCCAGAAGAGGACAUGGCAACACUCCUGAAUAAGAGCUUCCGGGGGCAUCUGCUUCCUGGAGUUGGAUCUGGGGCAGGAUGGACCUCCUGGGUCCGUCCAGCAAGGCGGCUGUUGCACAGGUCAGCAAGGCAAGCGCUGGUGCGCCUGUUGGUCGCAUGUGGCUAGCAGAUGGUGCAGAGGACAUUUCCGUGGCUCCCUGGAGUGUAAGUAGAAGGGGGCAUUGUGCUGUAGUUAUAAUUUGCGUGGGAAAACAUGGUGAGGACACCCUGUUAGGUUUUGGGGGCCUGCCGGGGCUGUCGAGUCAACCCUUCAGCAGUAAGCAAAGAGGGUCUCCUUCGCACAUGAGCAAUUCCAUCCUUGGGUGUGUCAUUGUGCGGAAAAGGGUCCAGUCAAAAUCUGUGUGUGUGUUUUUUCUUGGUGUGCCCGUCAGAAGUGAGUUAGAAGUGAGCCCUGCCAAGUCCAACGAGGACUUGCUCCCAAGUGUCUGCUGGACUGCAGCCGUAACGCGUGACCAAGGAUCACAGAUCUAGGCACCAACAGUUCCUGGGAUUGUUACAAUCUUUGCUUUCAAAUCUAGCUCGGUCAACCACCAAAUGCGGCAUGCUUUUCGCAACAGAACAUAUAUUUAUGUAAAGAAUCCACUUUUUACGAAUGUAAAUACCAUUUUGGUUUGGUGCUUGCUAGAUACAAUGGUCUUCCUUAAGCCUAAACUCUGAAACAAAAGCCCGCAUUAUACCAGAAAGCCCAAGAUGGGAAGUGAUAAAAUGGGCAUUGAGAGGAGGGCUUUGUUGAACCGAUCUGGUAUGCUUGCAAGAUUUCCAGGUAUUCACUGAGCAGUGAUCUCAUGCUUAUUGUACCAGGUUUGUUAGUGGAGUAAAGUGUGAAGCUUUGUUUGCUGUUCAGCAACUGAGCCAUUCUAGCAGCAGAAGUAGUUUCUUGGGUGGAGGGUGGGGGGCUUGUCUGUACCAAGGCAAGGCAGAGAAUCAGGGAGUAUAAAGUUGGACUGGGGUGGGGGCGGGAUGGGGGCUGGAAGCCCAGGCUGGGAGCAGCAGUGGCAGCACCUCCAAUUUGGCUAGCUAGACUCCAGCUGGAGGAGUCCAAGGCACUGGGAGGUCACUUGCCCCAGGCAGGAGCUGCUUUGCACCUUCUGUCCACAGGAGCCUCUUCAAAGGGCACUGGAAUUAAUCUUUGUUCGCAGGUACAAAUAAUAACUUUUCAGAGACGUGCUUGGGUGGAAAUUCAGUAGUCUCUUUGUAUAUACUGUAUAGGAUCAAUAUUUGACAUUUCAGGCAAAGCAGAAAUCCCGAAUAGCAGCAGCUGGAGGCAUCAGUUGGGUGAUCUGCUUAAACUGGAAAGGUCCACCACCCUUUCCCCUCGAUCCUGCACUCUCAGCAUCACGAGGCCUCCUGAUGACCUGGGCAGAUGCCUGCUCAGGUGGCCACGCGUCUUCCCAGGGGGUUUGUCCCCGUGCCUUCCAGCACUCUGGGUGGAGGUGGAGCCGUUGGUUCCUCCUGGAGCGUUCUUUUCGGAGAAGAACCGCAGGAAGAAUAAUAUCUGUUAUUACACAGCGAGAUGGACAAAGCCUUUUGGGCCAACAGCUAGCAUAGCAGAACGAGGGAGGAGGAGGAGAGAGGCACCAGCCGGGUAAAGGUGGUGGCGGCAUCCUGCAGCAAGCCCCAUGGGGUGUUUCAGAAAGGCCAUCUCCCUUGGUGGCCCCGCGUCACUUCUGUGAGCGGAGCAAUGCUGCGUUGGAGCAUGACUUGCACAUGGAUGAAACUUUUAGUGGUGUUCAGGGAGCUUGGAGCCAAACUGGCUGUUGAAAAGCAGAACCGAAGAUCCAGGCCAUAUUUCAACUCAUCCCCAAAUGGUUCUAGUUGUUUGGCUGGCUGACUGCAGUAGCAGAAAAGGUGCUUAUGGAGUUAAUCCGGGCUGGACUCUUGAUGCUCUUUCCUCCUCUUGACCAGGCGAUGGAGUUGACCACCUGAAAGGGAUCUGACCAGGGAGCCAGUGGCUGCUCAAGGAGGAUAAGGAGAUUGUAGAAAAGCUGCGUCUGUCUUCACAGCAGAAGAUAAAGGGCAGCUCCCAGUUGUGAACUUGCUUUUGCAGCAGGGGAGUCUGAGGAACUGAAGCAGGUGGUGGUUCAGGCUAGUGGUGAGCUGGGGAGGACAGGUGUAAAAAUUGGGUUUGUGUGUGGGGGGGGAGAAGUCUGCUUCUUGUGUUAUAAUAACCCACUUGGUGUGUCAUUCAGUGAAGCUGAAUGUGGGGAGGAUUCAAAAGAACGGACUCAUUCAUGCACAGGACCUGCAAGAUCACUUAGAUCACCUGGGGAGAGUCUGCUUGCAGUACUGCACCCCACGAAAGGUCACAUGGUGGUGACCCCAAAAGGGGCAUUUUGUGCUAUUGCUCAUUUUCCUUUCUCUUCCCCUUCAAGUGCCUUGUAGAGACAGCUGUUUCCCCCCAGGCCCUGUUUUAAUCUGUAGGAAUUCCCCGAAUUCCUGUUUCUCUGUGCUUUUGCACAACUUCUUUACUGGUUUUGUGUUGUCUUUUUGUUUUAUUGGUGAUGCUUCCAACUUUUACGCAGUAUACCCCUUAGAGACACAAAGCCAUUAGAAAUGUUUUAAGUAAAUAAAUAUAGCACGUAGCUGAACUACCAAGAAGUGUGAUGAUGUACACUAACGUUGAAGCGGAUUUCGCAGAAGCUUAGACAAGUUCAUGAAGGAGGAGGAAGAGGCUAUCCAGGACUGCCAGUUAUGACGACUCCCCCUGCCCCCCUGCGCCAGAGCCGCUUUCUGGGGAGUGGGAGCAGGAUGGAGCUGUUGUUCAGAUGUGUGUCCUUGCUGUGGCCUUGGCUUCUGGCUGGUUGUGGUGGGAGAUGCAUCGCUGGACCAGUUGGGCCUCCUUGCGUCUGACUCUUCUUUCUUAAUGUGCUUGUAUCACGUCCCUCUUUAUGUGACUCCCCGUAACAGUGAGGUCUAGAAAGAUUGCGAAUUCUAGAGAUAUUGCAGAUGGAGACCCUGGAAUCCUCGCGGCUCUCUUCUUUCUCUUGAAAGUCACGAGUCCAGGCCCUUGGUUCAAGUUCCUUGCCGCCGUUGACUCUUGGCCUCUUCCAGGAGGGUUGGUUCUCCAGCACUGACCGUGCGGGGCUUCAUAUUUAUUCCACAGAGCAAAUGAUAAUGGACAGUCAGGCUGACUUCAUCUGCAAAGUGCUGGCGCCCGUUUCACCAUUUUUGCGUCUUGCAUUGUGUGUUUACUCCGGUUCCGAGCACAAAGCUGCCCAUUGUGUGAGCGAGGAAGGGUUUGGCCGGCUGCAUAAUAUCCUCAAUGCUUUUGGCGAUGGAGAUAACAUCGGGGCGAAUGUGCCUUGUGCCGGGGCCGGGGGCUUGGCCCCUCGCGGGCCGUUAGGGCACUUUGAAUAGAGGGGGCUGCGCCGUCUGUCUGGGGGCCGCAGACACGUCCUCCACCCCAGCCCCAGCCCGCCUUGCAAUUGUUGUGGGGGAUGUUUUCCUUUUUCCAAACAACCCUCCAGGGCGAGGGGUGCCAAAAGCGCUCUUGAUAAGGCAGCCGAAGCUGCCCUCUGGAUGCUUUCUUAUUUAAGGGUUGAGACAAAAUAGUUCAUUGGCGGGGCUUCCCUUGUAGAUAGGGGGCUGGCUGUUAAGAAGGGCUUCACACAAGCCCCACUGAUAAAAGCAGCUGCAGCUCCAGUGAGGCCAGUCCUGUCUCCUCUGGCUGCUGGUCCAGCGAGGCGCAGCCUGCCUGCCUGCCUGCCUCUGGCCCAUCUUCUCCCUGGCAGGUGCUGUCCGGAUGCUGCCGCCCAAGAGAGGAAGGGCCCUGCUGGUGCCAAGAGAGGCAGCCAGGUGUGUGUUGUGUCUUCUAGACCCGGAAGCAGUGGGGGUGGCCAUGUGCUCUUGCUUCACCCUGAAGGUCUCGUGAGGUUUCUCCCGCCUUGUUGUGCAAAGGGCCUGGCUGUUGGCCAACAGCAGCUCCUGGGUUGCUGAGGUCCAAGAGAUGGUGGGAUUGUCUUCGUUUUUGGGGGUGGACUGUUUUCUUCCAGAGCUCAAGCUUACAGGGAAACUUUGUUUUCAUGUCUCCCCUUCAGCCUUUCAAGUUCACAAUUUCAAAAGUUGGUGCACUAUUUAAGAAUACUCAGCGGUGAAGCCCUGUUGUUUAUGAGGCAAGUGUAACGUUAUUUCAGGAGGGCAUUGAAGUAUUAUUAAUUUCCAAGUAUUUUCUCUCCUUUCUCUACCAGAUGGUGAUGAUGAUGAUGAUUUUUAGCUUUCUCGUUGCUUUCUCACUUGUCCUCUGCUGGGAGCUUGUCGGUUCUCUUACUUUUGAGUGGAUCUGGGGAAAUGGCAUUCCGUGUUACAGGACAAAGCAGGGCUGGCAACAAGUCACUGUCUUAUGGAAUUCCCCUCUUUCCUGUGCCAGCCAGUGAACUGCGCCCUCCUUCAUUCCAUUCCUUCUUUUCUGUUUCCCAUCCGACAGUCAGCCAGAAAUCUGUGGCUCAGCCUUCUUGGGCCGCUUUGGGGGCAUUCUUUUGUCCUUCUGCAAACCUUGGGGUUCUCCUACACCCACUGGCGCCUCUUGCCAUUCUAGAUUCAUAAGGCUCAAUUGGCACUUAUGCCGGAGGAGGACAUUGUUCUGUUGGCCUCGUGUGGCCUGAGGUGGGAGCCUCUGUCUGUUCUUAAGUGCGUUGUCUUUCCUUUUCCGGUUCUCCCCUUUUAAGGGUCAGGUGAACUCAUAUUCUUCGUUCUCUGUUCUGUUAAUGCUCUUGUCAGCCUUUGCAAACAGCUGUGCUGGCUGCGACUGAUGGAACCGCGGCCCAGAGCAUCUCUGGCUGGGGGCACCAGGCGGGUGAAGGCUGCUUGGGGAAUUCUCCGUCCUCCAUGCAGUGGAGCUGCUGCUCUCUGGCUGGCUUUAGGGGUGACCUCCGCAGGGUGCAGAAUGAGGCCAGGAGUGCUGCUGCUACCUGUCAUUUGUGUGGUUGCAGCACCGGUGGCUGUUGUUCUCCUGGAGCGGCUGGCAUCCGUGAGAGAUGCGGGCUCCUCUUGGGCUCACGAUGCCCCUUUGCUCCAAAAGCCUUUCCUCCUCUUUCUCCUAGCCAGUGUUAGAAAUGAGCCAGAUGCCAGGCACGUCUACUGACUGGCAUGGGACCACUUGCUGUGCCCAAGUGGAGGUCUCUGGAUGCCUGGUUGGCAACUGGGGAAGGCCAAAAGUCACUGAGAAAUUUCCCUCGAAGCUUUGGAAUGGUUGUCUUCUGGACUGUUUGGCUUGAUGUUUUCAUGUGCUGUAAACCGCUUUGAGACUUCUUCUUUAAAAUAGAAAGUGCUAUUGAAAUGAAAUGAAUAAUAAUAACAGCUCCAUCAUUCCACUGUGGUGACUGCAACCUGGGUUUAAGGUCAUUGGGGAUUAGGUUAUAUAUCUGAGUUUCUAGCCCCGCUGCUCGGUCCCGUGGCCUCCCCUUGACUGUGCUGGAAAAGGAGCAGCCGAGCUGUGGCCGUGUGCAGAAUAGCUGGUGGGUGAACCCUUGGCAGCCGGGAGGGAGGGCGUCUGGUUGGGAGUUUGUGCCCCUCUGGAGGCCUUGCUCUCAUUCUCUUGAAGAACUUCUGAGGGUGGGGAUGUUCAAAGAGCUGUGGGCAACUUGGGAACGGAAGCGGAGAUGUUCUCCUGCCAGCCCCACGAACAGUUUUGCCUCUGUGAGUCCUGCAGAUGUUCUCAGUGAGGUUUGCCCAGGAAGGCAUCGCUGGGCACGCAAAGAUACCCGGGGAUGGAAUGGGUUGAUUCUGGUGCCCUUCUCUGAGCUGGCUGCAAACUUUGAUGUCGCUCUUGAUUCUUGAGGCAUCUGAAGCCUUUGAUUUGCAGAGUGAAGAGAGGGACAUUUGCCUUGGCUGGGGAGCGUUUGAGCCCAAAGGGCGGCAACUCACGCAUCCUGUGCAAAAAACCCUUUCAUAAAUUUAGGGCAGUCAGCAAGAUUUAUAGAGCUAUUUCAUCUGGUGGGGAGAGAGGACCGUGUGACCCUUUGAUUCCAGUGCAAAUGCCUGGUUACGAGAUGACUUCACUCUCAAAAGGCAAAACCCAUGUUGACUAUAGAACAUAGUACACCCUCCCUUUUAUAACAUCACCUGCAAAGAAACUCUUCACUGUUUUGAAGCUAACGGUUAAACUCUGGAGGCUUCCUUCAAGAGGAUGGCACCUUGGGCCACUUGAAAACACUCAGCCAUAGGUAAGUAAGCACAGGAAGUCAGCUAUUUCCCAUGGAGGCAUUUUUUGCCGUUUGGAUCAGCUUGUGGACGCUGUGCCAGGUUUCAUUGUGAAAACUCUUGUCUUUCGCAGGAGAGGAAGUUGUAGCCUAAAAUGAAGGUAUGGGUGGCCUUAGGCCUGUUCAGCAUUUUGUACAUAUUCUGAGCUUGGUUUUGUGGUGUUGCAGAAAGUGGUCACCUCAGGGACUUCUGCGCACCGAUGGUGGCUGGUCUGAUAUAUUCAUAGAAUCAUAGAAUCAUAGAGUUGGAAGAGACCACAAGGGCCAUCGAGUCCAACCCCCUGCCAAGCAGGAAACACCAUCAGAGCACUCCUGACAUAUGGUUGUCAAGCCUCUGCUUAAAGACCUCCAAAGAAGGAGACUCCACCACACUCCUUGGCAGCAAAUUCUACUGUCUAACAGCUCUUACUGUCAGGAAGUUCUUCCUAAUGCUUCUUCCUAAUUCGUAAGAUAGAAAUUCAGCAUGCAUUGUGGAAAAACUGUAUGAAAGCAACUCUCUGUCUCUCCCCCCCCCCCCCCUGCAGCUCCAAGUAUAUGUGGAGCCCAGCUGAGCUCUUGGGAUGUUUCCAGAGGGAGGAGUGAGAACAGGGAUUUCGCUGAGUGUCUCUCAGGGCAGUCUCAAGAUCUUAAUAACUUUAUUACUUAUAAAGCACCUGAGAUUAGGAGGCCCUAUACAAUAAAUUAGAAUACAGCCGCCCCUGCCUGCAGGUGCCUCAUUCCCCUCUGUCCGGGAACAGCUUUCUGCUCUUCUGGAAGUGUUGUGCUGCUUAGCGUUAGCUGGUUAGUGAUGGGGGUGCAUAGUUAAACUCUGGAAUUCACUCCCCCAGGACCACCAUCUCAGGGGGCUGGAAAAAUGUUUUGGGAAAUGCAUGGAGGAUAAGGCUGACUGAGGCUUCCAGGCCUGGUGGCUGUGCUCUGGCUCCCUAGUCAGGGGCAGAGGACUCUUGUGCUCAGUCCUGCUUGCAGGUUUCGCGCACAGUUAGAGCAGGAUGCUGGCCUAGGUGGGCCACGGGCUUGAUCCAGCCCCAGGGCUCUUGGGAUGCUCUUGCGAAGAUUGCUCAUGCAGUGGGGAUGCAGAGCUAUGCAACGUUUAUGGACAGACGUGAAAAUAAUUCAAGAGGUUAUAGGAAAUGUUUGCCACAGGUGGAAAGAUUAAAUGAGGUGUCGAUGGGGAAUUUGCUAUGCGAGCUGGAAUCCAGGUGACAAGAAACAGGAAAAGUCCUGUGAAACCCUCAGCUGAAGAACUCAUGCAUUAAAAUGUGGAGAGUCAGGGUUCUGCUGCGUUAGCAGGGUGGUCAAGGCAUGUGUGGGUCAAGAAGGAACAUGCUGGCCACUCUUGUGUAACAGCUCUGGGGGGUUGGAGAGGAGGAGAGUUUGAGCUGCUUUGCCUUGUUGGAAACAUCGCUGGCUAAUACUUCACCUCUUGGUAUAUCUAUCUAUCUAUAGAUAAAGAUAUAUAGAUAUAGAUAUAGAUAUAUUUGAAGAAAUGCUUGUAAGUAUCAUGAGCAAAGCAUUACAAGAACACACAGAAUUCAAAGUAUGCUUAGGAGUUUCACGCUAAAAUUCUGCUGCAUCUGUUCUGUUGGGAUCUAGCUAUAACCCUCCAGUUCUCCUGCCAUGGUUUUCCUUCUGGGUGGGGGCUCCAGUUGGCAGCUGACACUUAAGCAGACUUGUGCACAGAGCUUUCCGCAGUGUGUCACACAAGCGCUCCUCCAGGGUCUGGAAAGGGGUUAGUUUAACCUCCGGUUUGCUUGUAAAACUGAAUUACCGUGUCGUGAAAUGAUACAUGUCUGAAAAGUUUGGGAAGCUGUGCUUGUGCUCGGUGUGCGCCCUUUGGCGGGGGGGUGUCCUUGAAGAACGUGUCGGCAGCGGCUGCAGGCUCCGCAAAUCUCGGUGAUAUGUUUCUUAAAGGCUUCUUUCCCCCUCUUUCUCAGCGCAGGUCCGCUGGUGUCUGAUCCUGUCACGCUGAACAUGGAGAAUGAGGAAAAGCUGGUCAACAAAGGCGAGGAAGAUGAGAUGGUAAUUGGCUUUAUGGUUUAGUUGCUUCCUUUUCAAACAGGGAGCGGAGCCUUUCCUUGCUCUCUGGAGUCCUCCUUGUGAGGCUUUUCUGUCUGCAAGCCCAGGACCUCUGAGGAUAGAAGGGCUUUUCUUCCUUGACUGAGAAGAUGCCAGGAGCCCCCUGCACAGAAGACUGGCUGCUAAGCUGUGGUGUAGUGCUUAAGAGCGGUGGACUCAUAAUCUGGUGAACCGGGUUCGCGUCUCCGCUCCUCCACAUGCAGCUGCUGGGUGACCUUGGGCCAGUCACACUUCUUUGAAGUCUCUCAGCCUCACUCACCUCACAGAGUGUUUGUUGUGGGGGAGGAAGGGAAAGGAGAAUGUGAGCCGCUUUGAGACUCCUUAAGGCUGAAUAUCAAGUCUAAACUCUUCUUCUCCUUCUCCUUCUUCUCCUGGUUCCCAUCCCCACAGGCUGCCCUUGAGGGCCUGGGGCAUGGCGCCUGCAGGGUCCCACCCCCUGCCCCUCCCUCCACGGAAAGAAGCCUCUUUUCACCAUAGACAACUUUAGCCUGCUUUUGGCGUGUGUGGUUUUGGGGGCGGGUGGGGUUAUUGGCUGAUGGGGGGGGGAAGGUUGUAGCAUGUGUGUGUUUGUGCCCAUAACAGUUUCCCUGGUUUGCAAAUGUGCCCACAGACCCCACAGGGUUGUUGACCCCUGGUGUGGGGUCUUUGCAGCAGCUUUGCCCACACAGAAGUACUUCCCCUGCUUCUUUCCUCUCCUGAAGGAGAGUCGCUUUGGUGUUGGGAUCUGAAGGAUCUGGCCAAGCAGGGAGGGAGGCGAUGACAAGGCCAGGGAAGGAACCCAGUCAGAUGGCAGCGUAUAAGUAACAUGGUGGUGGUGUUGUGAGCAGGUGAGAAAAGAUCCCUUGAGUGUGGCUGACCAGGAAAGGGAUGGCAAUGUCAAUCCCGGCUGCGGCAGCUGCGGGAAAGGCAGAUUCCAUCUCCUGGAUCUUUAGGGAAAGGGGCCGGAAAUCAGCUUGCCAAUGUCAUAAUGCCGUUUUCCGCAUCUGUGGUGCGCCCCGCCCCUUGGAGUGCCAUUCAGUGCGCCUCAAAAAGGAAACCGUAGAGCAGGAAGAGCUUUUGAGCAGGGCAGCUGAGAGGGGCUGGAGCAGCCGCUCUAGGAGGAAGCUUACGGCACGUUGGGCUUUGGGGUGUUGAAAGAAGGAAGGGGGGCCUGGCACAAGUUUAUAAAAUGAAGCCUGGUAUGGAGAAAGUGGGCAGGGGGAUUCCCAGGCCGCCUUCUGGUCGGUAUUGAGGGUUUGCUUUGUCAGGACUGCCCCACCUUUCCCACCCCCUCUGUUGCUGUCGGAGCUCACAGAGCCUCCCUGCAGCUGCUCCGGACAGAGUUCUGGCCCCGAUUUCUUUCCAUCUUCCUGUGGGCUCCCGCUGCUUCUGUUUCCUCUGCCGUGUGACAGUGGAAAGAAGCCUCUGGCCGUCCUCCAAGUACCUGCCUGCUUGCCUCCCUUCCCUGACACUCCCCCCCCCCGCCCUCCGCUCUUCCAGACAGUAAAAUUCUGCCCAAGUUGAAGAGAGGAGGGUCAGAUUCAUUUGCGUCAUCAUCUAGUGUGUUUCAUUUCAGCUGGGCCUGAUCCAGAAGUUUCAAGUGGGCUCCUCUUCUGAGGCUCAAGGUGGCCAGGCCAAGACAGCCCCCUCUGUUCUGCCAUCCAUCUCGGCUUCUUGCGGUGUGGGGGGGUCUGGAAGCUGCUCAGGGCCUCCUCACUGGCUUCCAGUAUCCUUAGAUUUUCUGGCGGUAGAGAGCAAACCAGAGAUGUGGAAUUUAAUCACAGAAUUGCAGAGUUGGAAGGGAACCCCAAGGGUUAUCUAAUCCAGCCCCUGGCAGUUACGCCCUGUGCCUUUACUGCAUGUAUCUCAUGCGCAGACGUGUUUCACUGGCCUGGUGUCACAGCCCAACCGUCUUCUGACAGUCUGCCCAUCUGUGGGUUUCUGGGGUUGAGCGCACAAGCUGGAGCUUGCGAGUGAGUAGGUGGGUGCUUAGAAACACAGCUGGUGGAGAAAUCUUGAGGGCCUUUUGCCCCAGGGAAUCAGCAGCACUUGAGCACAAAAGCAAACUCCCUUCUCUUGCCAGAAGCGAUUUUUAUGAAAUGUUCUCAGUUGCCUCCAGUAACUCUGCUUUGGAACUCAGGCGUAGGCUGGAGAAAACUCACUAGGGACAAGUUCCUGGUCACAUUUUGCAUUUGAUUUUAUCCUCGGCUGUUUUUCUGCCCUCCUCUCGCCCUGGGUGUUUUUUUCCCUGUCACUUGGUCAGCAGCCGGACAGGGUGACAUGUGUGGCUUCUUGGCCUGCUCUCCAGUGGCCAGCAAGAGUCUGAUAGGACCUGCAGCUCUUGCAGUAGACGGUGUCCGUGUGUCUCACAGUUGCCCUUUCUCCUUGGCUCCCUGGGCUCCUGCCGUGAAGCGAGCGACCUCCAGGACCCCCCCCUGGUCCUGCCACAGGGAGGGAGAGCAGAGCAGAGGCGUCCUGAGGCUGUUCUGCUCACGCUGCCAGCUGUGCCAUUGCCUUGGUCUCAUUUGUUCCCCUUCUUCCUUGCAGAAGAUCUACGGCUACACGUUUUGCCGGUGGAAGAUGGUCCUGGUGGCUGUGGGGGUGCUGUGCACGGGCGGCUUCCUCCUCCUCCUCCUCUACUGGAUGCCUCAGUGGCGGGUGAAGGCGACGUGCAAGAGGACUUCCCUCCGAGGCAGCAAAGUGGUUCUGCUGCGGACAACAGUGAGUGCCGCCCUCUUUGGCAGGGGAGAUCCCCAGGGAGGCGUGGAGGACCAGGCUGGCCGUGGCCUCUGGGCAGGACAGGCUUCUCCCACAAAGCUUUCUUUGCAUGGCAGGAGGAGCGUCUGAUCCAGAGGGCCAUCGCCCUGGUUUCUGCCUCCCCGCCCUGGCUGAAAAACUGGCAGGAACUAUUUAAUUCUUGUGGAAGCUUCCGAGGGGUCAAGCGGGCUUGCUCUUCAAAGGAGUGUUUUGAGCAGCCGCUCUCAAAGCCUGGACCUUCAGUAGCCCCAAGGACCCUGGGCUUUGGACUUCACAUGUGAUCUGUGCAGAGAUCUCCUCAGCUUAGGGACUGGCCACCACCCAGAAAUGACCAGUUGCAUGUCUGUCCAACUUUGUGCAGUUCUGCAGUCUGGCCAAGCGGUGCCUUCGCGGGCCGUAUUCACAGCCUGGAGCUGUCACCUGUUUGUGGAAACACAAAGUGGCCUGGCCCCUCCUUGCAGGCUCAAGAGGAGAGGGGAAAGGGGCAGACUUUGCUGGGGGAGAUGGGAAGAAAGCAGAAAGUAAAUUCUAUGCAGAAGCCUGCCAGAGGUGCUAAAAGGCAUCUCAUUAUUAAAUCUCAUAAAAUCACAGAAAUGUAGAGGGGACAGCAAAGGUUGCGCAUGCGCAGAAUGUCCCUCUGCCUUCUGCAUGUGUUUGGGUCCCUACAAGGUGUGGAGGAAGCUGGAAGCAAGAGUCCCUGUGUCUGUAUCAUAGGGUCUGGGUGAACUCUCAGCGCCUGAGGACAGUCAUCUCCUGAAAGUUCCUCCCCCUUUGCUUAGCCCAGUGGUGUCAUCCUGCGCCCCCCUGCCCCCCCACUUCUGGGCUGGGGCUCCCUUUACACACCUGCUUAGAGUCAUGUAUAGUUAAGCACCUGCUUCGCAGUUAUCAAAUUGCCAGCGAUGUUUGUCAGAUCAUCCAAAGGCGCAGAAGCUCACUGUCAGACUUUUGUUCUGAAAGCUCUCUCUCUCUCUCUCUUUUAAAGGAUGAAUUCCAGACAUGGUUUUGUGCAAAGGUUCGCAUUGUGCUUUCUUUGGGGCCCAAUCUGUUGCAGACUCCAAAAUAUGCAUCGGAGAAGAUGACAAAUGGCUGCAGUGGUCAUUUGGACAUCAACCUGGCUGAAGAGGGCGAAAAUGAUUUGAACAGACGUUCCCAGGCUCACCUACAGGAGGUAGGAAAGUUGUGGGAUCGUCCUCUGCGUGGCAGCCUCCAAUGGGCAGCGUUUAUCCAUGUGCCUUUGCCUCCGCCUGGGGGUUACUUGGGAAUGGCUGCUGUGCACGAAGGCAGCUUGGGGGGAGGUGUGGAGGCUCUGGUGCGUGAGCAGACGCUGAAGAGGCCUCACCCUUCCCCUCCUCUCAGCUGCUCCACCAUUCGGGGCUCUGAUUGGAAUGCCAGCAUGCUGCAAGGGGUAGCCAUGAGCCGGUGCCCCAGGCAGGUUUGUGGCCACAGGAGUGUGAGGACCUCUGAUUUGAGCGCCAAUGCAGUGGGCAUAAUUAGAUUAUUAAGCAAUAAAAGGGGCAGUGUGGGGCAGCUGGGACUGCACACAUUUUUUUCAUUUGACUUUCAAAAUGAUCAGCAGCUCAGUUUGCUUUUAUGAACAGUCGCUGUCAAGUCACACAUUCUGAUGGCCUCUUUGUAUUUAUGCGUCUUCCAGAUCCGUUAUUUCACCCACCACAGCGUGAAGUAUUUCUGGAAUGACGCCAUGCAGAACUUCAGCUCCAUAAAGUAAGGGCCACCGGCUGUUUUUCAUGCCUCUUUGCCGAAAGGACUUUGGCUGGUGACUCCUGUUUGUGUGUGUGUGUGCACGCGCUCACGCUCUGUUUGAUAUUCCUCCUUUCCUUUAGGGGUCUGGAUGACUCCACUUCCUGUUCGGCAAUCCAUAAUGAACACAGCGCAGGGCUGACCAAGGGGAUGCGAGAUUACAGGUACACUCAAACAGAAAAGUUGUGUGUGUGUGGGGGUGUACAGGAGCCUCUCAGGCAGCUGUUCCUUGAAAAUUGAGCAGUUACUCUCAGUAGUGGUUUUGUGUAUGGCAGUGCACUGUGUAGUGGUUAAGAGCAGUGGACUCAUAAUCUGGGGAACUGGGUUCGCGUCUCUGCUCCUCCACAUGCAGUUGCUGGGUGACCUUGGGCCAGUCACACUUCUCUGAAGUCUCUCAGCCCCACUCACCUCACAGAGUGUUUGUUGUGGGGGAGGAAGGGAAAGGAGAAUGUGAGCCGCUUUGAGACUCCUUAGGGUAGUGAUAAAGCGGGAUAUCAAAUCUAAACUCCUCCUCUUCUUCUUUGAAGUGCAAAAGGGGUGUGUAUGUGGAAUCUUUGCAAUUAAAUCUCUUCCCCCACCCCCGAUGCAAGGCCUGCCUUGCCUUGAGCCCCUGGGCCUGGGGGCCUCUCUGCCUGCCCUUCAGGUGGGGCUGGGGGAGCCAUUCUGGGUCGCUGGGUUUUGCAAAACACCAAGCUGCCUGCUCACCAUUCUCCCUCCCAGCUGCUGCCGCCGCUGCUCCCUUCUUAGUAAUUUAUAGAUUGCUGUUCAUGUUAGCAAGCAAAACACUUCCGUUUUUUAAAAAUAUUAUUUUUAUUUAUUUGGCUUCUGUUUUUCAUACAGAAAAUUAUUCUACGGAGUAAAUGAAAUUGCCGUGAAAGUGCCUUCCGUUUUUAAACUUUUGAUUAAGGAGGUAAGAAUUGCAUGUGUCUUUCUUUGCGAGAGAGAAGGAGAAGGGGGCUCCCACCUGCUGCUCUGUGGGAUCUGGACUGGGGAUUAACUGUGCAUGAAAGGGUUAAAGACUAUGGAGGGGAAACCGGCCUGGAUUCCCCCUCUGGUUCUGGAGACCUGCAAGGGCAGCUCUAGGUUUCACCAGACAGGUUGGAGCAAUGGUGGCAGUUUGUCUGCUUUGGGGGGUGGUGGUCUGUCUGUUUCUGUGCUUUAGGUGGGCCCUUUCCUUCUCAACUGGCAAGUGUCACAUCUGCUCUCUGUGAGCCGCAAGCCUCUUAAGGAAAGCCGAGCAGACGGCAAGGCUGUUCUCAUGCCCAGGCCUGACAUUAUGCCAGGGCAUUCAGGUGGCAGGUGGUUGUGUGCUGCAGUCGCCAGGCCUUGAUGCCACGGAAGACCCAGGGCGGCUGGUGGGGAUGGGCAGCGUUGGAGUGGCACCAUUUGACCGAGGUGGAAACUCUCUUGGGGGCCUUGGAGAGAUAGGAACCCGCAGGUGGUGCCAGGGUGCUUGGCCCCUUGCUUAGACCACCCCUGUGCCCCCUCUGUGGUUUGUGGGGCCCACUUCCCCACCUUCCACUCAGCCAGGGAUCGGCUCCCCGUUGGGGACACAUUUGAAGGGUAGUCAGAGCUCCGCUUGCACAACGACGCUUCUCCUCCUCCUCCUGUCCCUGCGUGGCCCCCAAAUCUGCUCCAGAGGAACCCUCAGCCCCCUGGAGCAGAUUUUGACGGGGCUGCAUGGGAGUUGAGGGGGAAGUUCCAUUGCACAAGCGGAACAGCCGUGUCGAACGCAGCCUUUCGAUCUUUGCAUGCGCGCAGAGGUGUGUGUGAAAGUCAGAUCCAGUCAAAUUAGCCUGAACCUCAAAAGAGGGUGUUCCUCUUCCAACUUCCUUCUUCGGUUCUACGUGCUUUUCAAGGGAGAAGCACCACUUGAUGGCCAAGGGGAGAGCAAGGGGGCGCAGAGGCUUCUCGGGUGAAGUCCUCAAGGGCACCAUUUGCCCCCACUGAGCUGGCCAGCCCUGCCAGGAGAGGAGGGGAGCUCUGAAUCCUUGCCAUGUGCUCUUCUGGCACACUCUUCACUCCCCUCCCACGCAGACCAGGAUGGGUCUGAAUUCUAAAAAUGUAUGUAAUAGGAGGCCGUGAAAUUCUUGACCUUCCGCACCAGAGAGAGGAGGGCGGCUCCUUCGUGCAAAAGGCAUAAUCCGUUGCUUUGUUUUGUUUUCUCUCUCUCCCCAGGUCCUCAAUCCUUUUUACAUUUUCCAGCUGUUCAGUGUGAUCUUGUGGAGCACAGAUGAAUAUUACUACUAUGCUGCAGCCAUUGUGAUAAUGUCUCUGAUCUCUGUUGUUAGCUCACUGUAUACCAUCCGGAAGGUGAGUUCCAGGGCUGUUUUUGAGCGCCUGCCUGCCUGCUUACCUGUGGCAGGUGAGCUGCUGCCUCGGUACUCCCCUGGGGCUGGCAUUCCAGCGGCAAACUUCCGCUUCCGUGGCCUGUUAAGGUUUGCUGCUCUUGAGUGCAACUUGACCCCCAACGGGUGGGGUUGUAGUCGGAUGUUGACUCUUCUCCUUCCCAGCUGAGGGUGUGGCUCUGCAAACGCUUUGCAGCCUGCAGAGCUGAACCGGCGUAGCUUGAAAUCUCCUCACGUGUUGUGACAGCUGCACAUGGCGACUAGCGGAGGGUGGGAGGGAGGCAGUCAGAAGGGCAGCCAGAUCUUCUGAAAGAUGUGUGACUCUGGUGGUGCAAAGUGUGGUAUGGGGGUGAACUAAGGGGCAGAGGAGGCCUUGCCCAAUUCUGCCCAGCCGUCUCAGAGGGUGGCAUCCAGGAAACUAGAUCCGUCAGUGCAAGGAUAUAGGUGGGUGCUGUGGAACGUCCCCCAACUCCUUUCCUGGUGUACCCCCUGCCCCAGGCCUGCUCUGGGAGGUUUGGGGAGGAAGAGGAGAGGGAGGAGACGUUCCAUGGGGCAGGCAGAAGCCUUUGCACUGAUGGAGCUGUUUUGUUGGGGGCCGCCCAGAGUCCUUUGGGCGGCAGCAGUUGGGAGGAGAGAAGAUUCGGAACUAGAUUCCAGCACACACAAAAAUGGUGAAGAUACCCAUGUUGGCCCUAAGGAAAAUGUCAAAAUCCAUAGCCGGGCAAUACAUCUGUUAGGGCAACCGAAAUAGGGUGGGAGCUUUUGAGGGUCCCAGAAUGGAGCAGGGGGGAGGGGGAGGAGGAGGCAAGUGCCACUCGAUGGCACCCCGGGCCCUGCAAGCCACUCUGUGACGUUUGGGUUGGCCUAGUGCUGGCAAGGCUGUGGCGAGUGUGUGGCAGAGGCGAGGGGGCUGGAGACUGAGCCAGCGACUCCUGGGGUUCAGGGCAGUGCUGAGCGGCGGGGGUUCAGGAGGCAGGACCACUCAGAGAUGGAGGAAGAGGCUGAUCAGGUGGGGGACGGACCACUGCUUCAGGGGAAGGGGCAUUGGCCCCUUCCAGAACAGGCUGACCUCCUGCGACUUGCUCGGCAUUUCUGCCAGCCACAAAUCUCUCUUUCCCGGAUAGGCCUCCUGUUUCUUGCUGCUGCUGCUGCUAGCAGGCUGCUUUCUUGCUCCGGGGCUCCACUUCCUCCACAGUGCUUGUGGGGUGGGGGGCAGUGAUGCAGCUGGGAGUCACUGGCCCAUCCCCUUAGUGCCCCUUGUGCUGCUGACUAACGCCCCCCCCUUCUCUCCCCAGCAAUACAUGAUGCUUCAUGACUUGGUAGCUGCUCACAGCGUCAUCCGGGUGUCGGUCAGCAGAGCAAACCAAGGUAGGUCGGGGGGGGGACCGUGCUUAUUUGAAAGGGAAAGUGGAUCUGCUGCCUUCCUUGUGGGGAGGGGGCUUUCUUGGAGGGAGGGGCAAGUUCUCUCCGGACAUCUCUCCCAGGGGACUGUCCUGGCUGGGCGCAGGGGUGGGGUCUGGCCAUAGUGGGCCCUCCAGGAAGCACCAGUGGAGUCCAACAGACUGCAGACCCAUUUCUCCCUGUAUAGGGAAGUUUUUAAUGUGUGAUGUUUUACUGUGGUUUUACCAUUUUUUGGAAGCGGCUCAGAGCGGCUGGGGCAACCCAGUAAGGUGGGCGGCAAGUAAAUAAAUAAGACUACAAUCAGCUAAGUUUUACUUGCUGGUAAUGCAUUGAAUUGAAUAAGCAGGACUAAGUUAGGUCUGCUAAUAGCAGGAGGUCUAUUCCGAGUAAUACUUCCUUGCUCACUGGCCGAGGUCUCCAGGGAGAGGCUCUGCGGUGCCCCCUUCAAAGGUGUUUUCAGUCUGCAGCCAACCUCCAACCAUCCUUUCAGACUACAGUCUCUCUCUCUUGCAUGGGCCCAUGGGCCCCUCUCUCUGUCUCUCUGUCUUUGUCUCUCCUGCCCCUUCUCCUAGCUGGGGUGUGUCUUGUACUCCAACCUUGGAUAGCGCUCCCUGUCCCAAUCCCUGAGGGAUCUCCCGUGGGCCAGGGGUCGCUCUCCUAGCAAGUAGCUCCCUUGGAGAGACAGCAGCCAGCCAGCCACCCUGGGCCCUUGGCCGAGCAGAAGAGCAGCCCGAGCAGCUGCCGGGCCAGGAUCUCACCCUUUGCUUCUCCCUGGCCUCCAGGCGUGGAGGAGAUCCUUUCCACGGAGCUGGUGCCUGGGGACGUCAUUGUGGUCCCUCUGAACGGGAUGAUCAUGCCUUGCGACGCGGUGCUCCUCAGCGGGACCUGCAUCGUGAACGAGAGCAUGCUGACAGGUAACGGGGAGCGCCCGGCGGGGCCCCGAUCCGCAGCUGGGACCUGGGUGGUGCUGCUGGGGCUUGGGAUCUCCGCCCUGUCAGCUGUGCCCUCGUCUCGUUGAAGGCGAAAGCGUUCCCGUCACAAAGACCAACCUGCCGAACCCGACAGAGGAGCCCAAGGGGGGCCUGGCGGACGAGGUGUACAGUCCCGAGGGGCACCGGAGGCACACCUUGUUCUGCGGCACGACCGUCAUCCAGACCCGCUUCUACACCGGGGAGCUGGUCAAAGCCAUCGUGGUCAGGACAGGUGAGACAGAGCCUUCUGCGCAGGCAGCAAGUGUGUGUUUCCCCUCUGUCAUGUUCCCCUGGGGAUCUCCGCAAAUAUCCUGCACAGCAUCUGUAGGAGGCCAUCCUGGGCACGGGGCCCAGCUCUUUAUUUGAUUGAUUUUGGGAUUUCUCUCUCUCACUUGCUAAGCUGUGAUGGGUCAUGACAAGUUGCAGCAUCCGACCUAGUCUAGCUUUGUGCAGUGCUGAGGUGUCCCUCUGGCCUCCUCCCUCUUGCCCCUCCGAUGCUGUCCUCAGGAGUCUGUGCAAACACCAAAGGCAGCCUUUUAUUGGCCCGUGAGCUCAGGGUUGCCUGCCCUGAACGUAAGAAGGUGCUGCUGGAUCAGGCCCACAGUGGCCCAUCUAGUCCUGCAUCCUGUUCCCACGGUGGCCAGCUGGGUGCCUGUGGCAAGCAGGAUCCGAGCCCAAGAGGCCCGUCCCCUCCUGCAACCAGUUGGCAGAAGCAUCGCUGCCUCCGACCACCCCUCGCCCCCUCCUCCAUGGAAGCUGGCAGCAGGGUCUCCCCAGGGCUUCAGACUUGGAGGUCUCUUCCAGCCCUACCUGCAGGUGCUAUUUGGGACCGAACCUGGGACCUUUUGCGUGCAGAGCAGGGGUGCUGAGCUGUGGCCUUGGGCCUGAUCUCUUCGGAGGGCACUUGCUUUCUCCCUCCCUCGCCUCCUCACCCGAAGGGCUCACCUUUGGAAGAUCCGCAUGUCUCCAUUGAUGAAGCCCUUUCUCCUCCGUUGUAGCUCUGAGUGACUUGCUUGUCCUUGAAGGUGGGCUUUUGCUGCUGCUGUAGCAGGGACUUCUGCUGCCUGCCCAGCCUGCCCAGAGACGGUCAUAAACAAAAUGCUGCCUUGGCUUCUAGCUGCAGGGACUUGUAGGUUUGCGCUUCCGGUCCCGUCUCUGAAAGCCGCCUUGCUUCCUCCUAGGCUUCAGCACUUCUAAAGGGCAGCUGGUCCGCUCCAUCCUGUAUCCAAAGCCAACGGAUUUCAAGCUCUACCGAGAUGCCUACAUGUUCCUGCUCUGCCUGGUGGGGGUGGCAGGGGUCGGCUUCCUCUACACCAUUGUCAUCAGCAUUCUCCACAAGGUAGGAGGAGUCCCACCCCUUUCGUCUCCUUGCCAGAGGGGGGCGGUGGUUGCUUCAGGCCCCUCCUCCUUCACGGUCUCUCUGCCUAUGCAGAGCCGCAUCUGGGCAAACUCCAAGAUGCGGAGUUUGCCCAGACGUGGCUUGUUCUUUCCCCUUGCCCAUCCACAGAUGCAACACACCUACCUGCCACAUGGUCUUCUUGAACCAAUCCGGAAAGCUCUCUGAAGAAAUUGCCGACUCACAUAGUUCCCAGUUGGUUGUGUUCAGCAUAGAUUUUCAGUUGUUAGUUUUGCUAGGGCUUCCUUUUGAAAUACAGUGGUACCUUGGUUCCUGAACAAAAACAAAACAGCUCCCAAAGGCUGCAAACCCAGAGGUGUUCUGGUUUGUGAACGUUUUUCAGAAGUUGAACGUCCGACGCAGCUUCUGCUUGAAUGCAGGAAGCUCCUGCAGCCAAUCGGAAGCCACACCUUGGUUUUUGAAUGGUUUCGGGAGUUGAAUGGACUCCUGGAAUGGAUUCAGUUCUAGAACCAAGGUACCACUGUACCAGAAAGCAGUGCUACAGCCCCUGGCCCUCGGAUGCCUGCAGUGUGCGCAAUGCUUGUUGCAAAACCUGCAUCUCAGGAGCAUGGGAAACGGCCUUCUCCCAGGUUUGCAUAGCUGCCUGUCUGCUCUGGCAGAGAGAGGAAGGCGGGGGCUUUGUGCCAGCAGCUGCCUGGUUCUGGGACAUUCCGCGCUUAAAGGAACGCUCCCCAUCCCAGCUCCCAGUUCCCCUCCUUCCCCUGGCACAAGGUCUUGCCAGGGUGAAACGGUGCUGCUAGAUCAGCAGGCUGCAGGUGUCCAAAGGCAACGCAAAAGCCUUUCUCGGAAAUGCCUCUGGCGAAGGACGUGGGUGCUUCCCACAGCACCUGCUGCAGGAAUCUCUCAGCGCAAGCGUUUGAAGGGCUGGCUGAACUGGACCCAGCCUGGCCUCUGGGCAGCCAGCGGUGAGUCACCCUCUCACUCAUGGGUAGGCAAACUGAGGCCCGGGGGCCAGAUCUGGCCCAGUUGCCUCUAAAUCCGGCCCGCAGAUGGUCUGGGAAUCAGUGUGUUUUUACAUGCGUAGAAUGUGUCCUUUUAUUUAAAAUGCAUCUCUGGGUUAUUUGUGGGGCGUAGGAAUUCGUUCUCCCCCCCCCAAAUAUAGUCUGGCCCCCCACGAGGUCUGAGGGACAGUGGACCGGCCCCCUCUCUGCUGGCCCCUGCUCUCCCUCAUCUUCCUCCUCUCCUCCCGCAGGUCUCGGCCGACAUCAUCAUCAUCGAGUCGCUGGACAUCAUCACCAUCACGGUGCCGCCCGCUCUUCCUGCCGCCAUGACGGCGGGGAUCGUUUACGCACAACGGCGGCUGAGGAAGAUUGGCAUCUUCUGCAUCAGCCCUCAGAGGAUCAACAUUUGCGGCCAGCUGAACCUCGUGUGCUUUGACAAGGUGCAGAUCAUUUGCCAUUUUCCCUUGAGACAUUCUGAGCUGAGUUCAGGAUGAGGCUUCUGAGAUCCUCCUGCCACAGACUUCAAGGGGGGGCUUGUGAUGCUCAGUUGUGCGGAAUGACGCAGGCGGGUGCGUUGUCCUGAGCCGAGGCCAGACCCAGAAGGGGCAAAAGUUGGACCCUGGCGUUUUCUCCUUGCUUAGUGCCCCUCAGGAAGGUUCUGUGCAGGAGAUUCAUUCAGUAAGAUCCCUGCAAAGAAGCAAGUCACAGAGAGAACGCACUUGUGUUGGGCGGGGAUUAGAAAGCUUUCUUCAGCUUCGUUGCCCGACAGAUGUGAAAAUCUUUUAAUAAGCAUCAGGAGAGGGUUGAUAACUUUUUGGGAAGCUUGUGCAGAAAGUAGCCAGGGAAUUCUGACGUCACCCAGUGAAGAAUUCCUUUGGCCAGUGCCCAGAUUCCCUCACAGCCUGUAUAUGCCUGGUUUUGCUGAGGUGGGUGUUCUGUGAAGCUGCUGGGGGGUGGAAAAGGCUCUUGCCGUGCCCAGCUGGAGUGGGAGGAAGGAAGGAGAAGUUGCUGGUCUCUGGUGGAGAGGCCCUGCAGCCCUGUGACUUCCUCUGGGGUGGCUGCUGUAGGCGACUGGAGGGGAGGAGCCUAAGCAAAAGAAACAGCCCAUAAGAGCCUGACUAGCUAUUGCAUGUAGAGUGGCAGCGUGGGAAGGGACCCCGAGGGCCAUCUAGACUGACCCUCUGCAGCGCAAGCGCUCCUUCCCCGCUGCAUCCGCGUGAGCUUGCCUCUGGGGGGGUUGCCACGUCUGCAGUCACUCAGAAACAGCCCUCCCCUUUCCCUGGGGCCUGCAGGUGUUUGGUCUUCUCCUCUUCCCUUUUAAGCCCCGUCCUUCAUUCCGCUUGAGUGCGCAGGCGGAGUGGGAGGAGGAGGGAGAGACCACAGAGCCAUCUUCCUUUUUGCUGGGGGGGAAAGAAGAGCGGAGUUUGAAGUGGCACAGCUUAGAGGGAAAAGUUUUCGGUGCUUUUGUAAAACUCUUUGAUGACUCCUCCUCUGAGGCUAUUAUAGCCACAAAAGCAUGGCUUUAUUUUUACUUUUUGGUUUUUUUCCGGGGCCCGGUGAUCCUACCCUGGACCCCUUCCCUGCAGGGUCAAAACAAAGCAGGAGCAGCCAGGCCCUCUAAUCUCUGAAUGCCUUGCUUUUUGUUUCUAAAAUUGUUUUUCCUCCAGAGCUGAUCACAGACCUCCUUUGAUUUAGGAAAAAACAACAAAGCGAGCCGAGGGGCAGGAGAUGAGGGAGGGUUCACUGGGGGGAACGGGCCUUGGAAAGCAAAUCCUGCAGGGAGCUUGAAUUCCUCUGGCUCUUCUUACGCAAGGCUAAUUAAUUUUAAUGAGUUGCACUUGCGUGUUCUGAGGGGCUUAGAGCUGGGCAGGUUGCCUGGGGCGAGUGCGGCGAUGUCAAGGAAAGCCUUCCCUUCUGCUCUGCAGAACCUCUCCCUUCCACCCGCUGCUGCUUUAGGGAUGGGAGGGAGGGGCAGGCCUUGCCCGGCUGACACAUUCACUGCCCACCGGUGCCAGGCGGCAAGACCUUUGCCGCAGUCCUGCUCUUGGCCUUCUGUAGUUGCACAGGGCCAGCAUUUGGAAAUGCAGCCACUGCUGUUGGCACAGGGUGAUUCCUGGGCAUAGAAUGUGAUCCCUCUAAACUUGACUGGGGCAGAGGGGCGUCUGUCUGGCUCCCUCCCCUCCGAGGGUCCUGGCUAGUAGUUUCACAGCCUUGCAGCGGGUGCGGAAAUAAUUGAAACUCGGGUGUGAGGAAGGUGAAGUAUUUGCAGAAGCUCCCCUUUUCUUCUCUUUUGGCCUCCCGCUAGGUUAGCCCACAGGGCCAGGGGCUCCCUUCUGGUUCCCAGGUCGGCCUGCUUCCUUUGGGGUUAGUCCUGUGCCUCUAGACGCAUUUUGAGACGGCGCUCCCUGUGCUUAGGCCAGUGGCCAAAGACUUUGCUCAGUAUCUCUGGCUCUGCUUUUCACGUGUUCCUUCUCCCCUCCACAGACAGGCACCCUUACCGAAGACGGCCUGGAUCUCUGGGGAAUCCAGAGGGUUGAAAACGCUCGGUAAGCUGCUUCCGUGGAACGUCACCCGCCUUGGGGGCUUUCUUGCUGUUAAAAUAGGGCCCUUGGGCCAAACCAAAAGGGACCGCAUGCGCUCUCCUCUUGGCAAGCACCGAGUUCCUCUCCCAGGCUCCUCAGCUGGUCCUGCUCUGCUCUGCCAGGUGCCAGGGCUGCCCAUCAGAGGAUGCCAGGGGAGCCCCUUGAAAUUGCAGGAUACAAGGCAGUUUGCAACAUAAAAAAAAAAAAAGAAUACACAGAAUAUGCUUCGAUUUCUGGGAAUGUUUCGAUUUCUGGGAAUGGAGUUGAGAGACGACCUAACCUCGGAAGAGAACAGCAAAGACCUGGUGAAGAGAGCACAGCAGAGGUUAUAUUUUCUGAGAAUCCUCCGGAAAAGCAAUCUCUCAAAGGACCUGUUGAUGGCAUUUCACCAUUUCACUGUGGAGAGCGUACUAACUUAUGGUUUGGGAGCUGCACGGCCAGGGGAAAAACAAUGCUAUCCAGGGUUGUAAAGACUGCAGAGAGAAUUAUUGGGCACACUCUUCCCACCUUAGAUCAAAUCUAUGCUGCCAGGUGCCAUAAGAAAGCGGCAGAGAUAGCGCAGGAUAGUGCGCACCCCGGAAAUGAUCUCUUUCAGCUUCUGCCUUCUGGAAGAAGGUAUAGGGUUAUAAAGGCCAGGACUAGCCGUCUGAGAAACAGUUUCUACGCUAAUGCAAUUCUGGUUCUAAACGCAGCAUAAGGGGUCUCUAUAGUACAGUGUAUUUUAAAAUGGGGUUUCAGAGUUUUUAGGGGUUUUGAAUGUUUUAUGUAGUUUUGUGGUAGUUUUAUGUAGUUUUUCAAUUUCAUUGUUCCGCAAGGGACAAUGACAAUAAAGAUAUCGUAAUCGUAAUGUAAUAACAAAAAAGCAACACCCCCCGGCCAAAAAACCCCACAAUUAAAAAGCCACAGAUUAUUUAAGCAGCCCAAGGCCUGGGAGAAGACAAACAUGUUCCCCUUGCUCCUAGAUAUGUAGUGAAGGCUCCAGGGAAGCCUCCCUGGGGAGAGCAUCUCACAAGUGGGGAGCCACUGCAGAAAAGGCCUCCUCUUGCCACCCCAUGGCCCCUUGUAUCUAAACCAGUGGUGCCCAUAGGGGCUGGCAGUACCUCCUGGGGUGGGAUUCCCUAGGGGGCGCUAAGCGGCUGGAGGUGUAAAUGACUCUCAGACCUUGAAAAGCUGGCAACCCCAGAUCAAGUUCAUCAGUUUUGUUGACUUGAUUGAACUGAAUAGUUUUAGAUGGAUUUUGAAUAAAUGGGCAAUUAAUUGUUACUGUUACAAAUCUUACGGUGUUCAUCUCUUCCUUAGUGGGAAUAAUGCUUUUUAUAGGGUAGGGGGCACUGGAGAUGAGUCUGUGGAACUGGGGGUGUGGCGGCCCCAAAAAUCUCAGCAACUGAACUCCUCUCUAAUGCUUGCAUUAUCAGUUGCUGGAAGCUGGAGGAGGGGAGGGCGCUGCUCCUGUGCUAAAUCCUUCCUGUGGUUUUCUCUUGGGGGCUGCUGUCUGGCCCCUGAGAGAGCAGGAUGCCAGAGAAUGUGGGCCUCCUUUGCCUGAUCCUGCAGGCUCUUCUGGUGGGCCCAAGUUCAGCUGGUGCCCUUGCAAAGCUCUGUGUUGGUUCCAGAUAGAAUUUAUCCAGCUUUUUUGCUGAGUGGAAUUUGGCUUUUCUAUCGGUCUAGUCUGGAGGCCUAGGGAGAGAAUCGGACCUUCCCAGAACCAGCUCACCUGGCAUGUGAAUGACGCUGUCUUCCCAAUCUUCUUCUUUUUUGGCAUCUAGUUUCCUCUUGCCAGAGCAAAGCGCUUGCAGCGAGAGCCUCGUCAAGUCGCCUUUCAUUGCCUGCAUGGCAACCUGUCACUCCUUGACCAAAAUCGAUGGAGUCCUUUCAGGAGAUCCGCUUGACUUGAAGAUGUUUGAAGCCACUGGAUGGGUGAGAGGUUCUCUGGCAGUUCUCCUUUUGCCUGCAGUUUGGUUUGGGGUUUCAGACUCCACAGGUGCAAAUGAGGCUUGGGUUUUAAGGGUAUGUCUGUGGCUAAGGGGCAAGAUGUAAGUAAAAUGAAUAAAUAUGCAGCCAGUUCUCCUUGCGGUCCGCUUCUUGGGAUGCUGGAAGCUUUGCAAGGCAGCAGGGCCACCCGAGCUGUUGAUUACACCCCUGAAAGGUCAUAGGGUGGGAUUCACCUUAAGGAAGUGGACUCCCACUCCUACCUUGGCUGGGGGGUGGUGGGGUGGAUCAGGAGAAUCCGCAGAGCAGCACUCAGUGGGAGGAAGUGGUGGGUUGUUCCAUCUGGCAAAGGGGAAAGGGACGUUCUGUUGGAAACUUCCAUUCCACCUUUAGUUGCAGACAUGGAACUGUUGCAUGUCACAUGUCUGUUUACAUACCAGCACAGCUUGCUGGGAACUUCCUUUGUGUGUAUAGCUUUUGCUUUUCCCUGUCUCUCUGAGAAGACAAUGAGAGACGACAUGUCUCCUUGUCCUGAUUAAUAAAUCCGUAGUUGUAGUAUGCUUCCACAAGCCUCACGCCUAUUCUGUGUGCGCAGUUCGCUCGGCUGGUAUAGUGUGCCCUGGCUUUGAAGCCUGGGUUGCUGAUUUACGGCGGAGCAGAGGAAGGUGGGUCUUUGCAGCGGGGCGGCUGGAAGGAGACGACCCAGCUGGGGCUACCCAGCUGGCCUUGCGACCCUCUGCAUCCCGACGCGUUCUUCACGCAGCGCAGAGUUAGACUGUGGAACUCCCUCCCACAGGAGGGAGUGAUACCACCAACUUGGGAUGGCUUUAAAAGAGGAUUGGACCAUGACACGGAGGAAGGGGAUUGCUGGAUGGCUCUGCUCUGCCUCCACGGUUCUUCUGAAUCCCGGUUGCUGGAAACCCCUGCAGGGGGAGAGAGAUGCUCUUGGGCUCGGCUCGCUGCUUGCAGGUUUCCCACAAGAGGACCUGCUGGGCCAGAACAGGAUGCUGGCUGGGAGGCGGUUGGGGGUCCCCCCCCCUUUGGCCUGAUCCGGCUGGGCUCCUCUCUUACGCUCCUCACACUUGGAAGAGGGCGUCGUCUCACACAUGCGCUUCCUUCCUGCAGAUUCUUGAAGAAGCGACGGAGGAGGAAACCGCCCUCCACAACCGCAUCAUGCCCACCGUGGUCCAGCCACCCAAGCAGCUUCUUCCCGACCCAAAACCGGCAGCCGACGAGGAAAUGGUAGUUCUGCGCAGAGCUUUCCCCCACCUUGCCCCCUCCUCCCACAAAGCGGGGCUGGACCCUGGAGCCGGAGGCCUUCCUUGGCCAGGGAGCUGCAGUCGCCCAGCAGACCUGUGGCCUGUUGUCACACGGCUGACCAGUCCAGCUGUGGGGGGGCGUUUUAGGGGGGGGCUUUCCCUAUAGAUGUCUCUCAGAGGAACCCGAUGGUUGGAAGAUGGGGUGCUGGGAAAAUGCUGGUUGGGCAGUUGGACAGCUGAUAGGAAGCUGCUUUGAGUGUCCAUUGCUGGAGAAGCUGAGCUGCCUUCUCAUUCUUCUGGAAAGCAGUUGGCGCCUCGUUUAGGGAAGCUUUUAAUGUUUAAUAGGUUAUUGUAUUUUAGUGUUUUGUUGGAAGCCGCCCAGAGUGGCUGGGGAAACCCAGCCAGAUGGCCAGGGUAUAAAUAAUACAUUAUUAUUAUUAUUAUUAUUAUUAUUAUUAUUAUUGCAGAUAGUAAUGAUUUUAUUUUUUCUGUCCCCUCUCCUCCCACCCCCUUUGCAGGAGCUCUUUGAACUUUCGGUGAGUGUUCUCUCUCCCUCUCUCUCUCUGCUUCUCUUCUUGCCCCCUUCCCUUCCUCUCCCCCCUUGUGCCUCUGAGCAGGCCCUGACUCCCCCCUUCCUCUCGCUCGGUUAGGCCAGUUACGAGAUUGGCAUCGUGCGGCAGUUUCCCUUUUCCUCUGCUCUGCAACGCAUGUGCGUGGUGGCCAGAGCCCUUGGGCAGAAGAGGAUGGAUGCCUACGCCAAAGGGGCUCCGGAGGUGGUUGCCGGACUGUGCAAGCAAGAGACAGGUAAAGGGAGAGAGGGCUCCUUCCUUCCUUCCUCCAAACCUUCCCUUGAAAGGUGCUUCUUCUGAUCCCUUUCCUUCCCAUCCCCUUUCAGUGCCCGUGGAUUUUGAGAGGGUGUUGGAAGAGUACACCAGGCAGGGCUUCCGCGUCAUUGCCCUUGCUCACAGGAGGCUGGAAUCCAAACUGACCUGGCACAAAGUCCAGAAUGUCGCCCGGUAAGUUGGCAUCCCAGAGCAACGUAGGUGCGCUGGGAGUGAGCGGGGGGGAGGUGCCCAUUUGAAGCCGUGUGACUCCCUAGCCCUGUGUUGGGUCACAGGGGGCCUCUUCAAACACUCUUCCUUUGGGCUCUUGGCCCUGGUCCCUCCAGGCUUGGCCCUCCUUCCCCUUUACACCUUCCCAAGCACCUUGUGGGCUGCCUCUGAUCCCUGAGAUUUUGCUUUUAAGCAAAAAGCCACCAAUAGAGCUGUUUCCCACCAAUUUGUCCAGUUAAUUCAGUUUUUGAAAGACGCCCAAGCUAGUGUUGAGUGAUUUGUGCCUUUUGCAAGCAAGUCUUUCUUGAACCUCCUUGCAGCUCCCACGGCCCAUGGUGUUGCCUUUCUCAAGAGCCAUCACAAGGCUCAGCCUCAGGCAUUGGCGGGCAGCACUGCUUUGCAUAACGCCCUGCUUGUGGGAUUCGCACCCACGGCCCAUCCGCUUCUAGGCCAAGUUCAAGGUUUGGGGGUUUAGGACGCACGUCCCUGUGCAGGUUCCUUAAAGGACCUCCUUUUCCCUCGGCCAUUGGGUCCCGUGGGGGAAGGUCUGGUCUGUCCUCGAAAGGCCUAAUGUGGCCGAGUCCCACUUUGCAGUAGCUGGGAGGGGGGGCUUUCCGAUGCACCUGCCCCUGGUCUGUGGAACCCUCUUCAGAAACAACGGGAGACAUGUUUGUUCUGUCCACCUUGUCCAGCUCAAUGAAAAGGUCUCUGCCAUUUUUGUAUUGUUUUUGAGUCUUUAGGUUAGUAGUACUACUUUUUAAAUUGCCUUUUUAUUUUUAACUCUUAUGAUAUACUUGUAGAUCACAAUGAGAUGCAUGUAAAAAAUAAUUCAUUAAUAAUAAUGAUAAUGAUAAUAAUAAUAAUAUAGUAACGGGUGCUGUUUUACUGCCUUUUCACCCAGUUUGGACAGAGCCUUUGGAGCAGUUUGUGGGCUGCACAGGAUUUUGCUGCCAUGAAUAAUGUGUUGGCCCUUUGCAAAUUGUCCCCAGAGUGACUUUUUCUUUGCAGUGCAUCGGGCCCUGGAGGGAACUGUAGUUUUCCUAAUGGUGUUUGUCUGCAUUCCCUCUUUCUUUCUUUCUUUCUUUCUUUCUUUCUUUCUUUCUUUCUCUUUCUCUCUUUCUCUCUUUCUCUCUUUCUCUCCCUCCCACCCUAUCGCCCUUCACCCCCUGUUUUGCUGCAGAGAUGCCAUUGAAAGCAACAUGGAUUUCCUGGGUUUAAUUGUCAUGCAGAAUAAGCUCAAGCAAGAAACCCCAGCUGUGCUUGAAGUUCUGCACAAAGCCAAUAUCCGCACAGUCAUGGUGACAGGUUGGUGAGCUGCUGUUAUGAAGCCUUUUCGGGCUGCCAGGGCCUCAGCCGGGCCAGGGGCUCUGCGUUGUUCUUGUCGUUGAUGAUGUUGCUGCUGCCGGAGUUUCUAUUCCAGCGCAGCCCCCUGCAGCCGAGCUCUGGGUGGCCCCCUCCCCUAGCCAGACUCAGAGCCCCUCUGCCCCGCUCCCCAAGCAUCUCCAUCUUCUUCUGUCUGCAAAGGCAGAAGCAGGUGGGUGGAGGGCGGUCCUUGUGCAGCCGCUGAGCAGGACUGUGUCGUCCAGAGGGAGGUGCUGCACUGAGAUGAAUGGAGCAACCUUCUGAAGAGCAGAGGUUGGAUGGCCAUCUGUCCGUGGUUCUUUUCCUGUGAUCCCUGCAUUGCGGUGGGUUGGGCUAGAUGACCCCCAGGUCCCUUUCAGCUUUGCAGUUUUGUGAUCCUUAGAGAUUGCAAAUGGAAAUGAGGAAACAGUAGCGCUAAUACGCCCAGGAACCUCACCAAAAUGCUGGAGAGAGUGCACCUCCACAGGCACAUACCUCCACAUGUGGUGGGAGUGCUCCAAAAUCCAACUAUUGUGGACAACAGCCACACGAGAAAUAUGUUAAAUAACUAAGCAAGUAUUAGACAUCACCCCAGAACUGGGCCUACUAAACAUCUUCCAAGACAACAAUGCCCCCUUACACCACAAAGAACUCAUAACCCACCUACUUUCAGCAGCCAGAAACACCAUAACCAGACACUGGAGAGACCUGUCAGGAGUAAGCCUGGACCAAAUAGUAUGGGAAACAGCCCUAGUAGAAAAAUUAACCAAUAAACUGAAACUGACACAGGGACAAACAGAAGAAGAUGCCUUCACCCCGGUGUGGCUCCCCUUUAUCAUGUACACAGCCCAACAAGACAAUGACACUAAUCCACCAACAACAUAUAAAUCAAUAUGGCUAACCUGAUCCAAAACACCCACCCACCCCACUCACGAAAACAAAGACCACCACAAAUAAAUAACCCCACCCAUGGCCAACCCCAACCUCUCUCACCACGAAAGGAACACAAGUGAACAGCAGAGAACCUGCACAAACGAUGCUGACACCAAACCCCACAUAUAUUAAGUAAAAUAGAAACAUUGCCACCCAACCCCAACCCCACUCAUUUCCCCCCCUGCACCUCUUUCCCCCUUUUCUUCCUAAUGUCUCAACAAAUGAAACCAAUUUGUAAAAAAAAAGGGGGGAAAGAAAAGUGUUAUGUGGGGGGAAAAUAUGAGAGACAUUGUACAUACCUUUGUAAAUCAAGAAAAUCUUUUUAAAAAACAAUUUUUUUAAAAAAAAGGAAAUGAGGAAACAGCUGAUCCAGAAAGGGGGGGAGGGAUGGCAGAGUGUAAAGAAUUAGAAGGGCAAGGAAGGGCUGGCCAGGAGGGGAAACCGAGGCCCAGCGAAGCAUGCCGUGCUUUUUCUCCGCAGGUGACAACAUGCUGACGGCCAUCUCUGUGGCCAGGGACUGUGGGAUGAUUCUACCUCAAGAAAAGGUGAUCAUUGCUGAAGCCCUGCCCCCCAAGGACGGCCAGACCGCCAGGAUCAACUGGCAUUAUGCAGAUGCCCUCGCCAAAGGCACCGAUUCCCCACCAGCCAUUAACUCAGAGGUAACGGCAGAGCUCUGUCGGUCAUGGGGGGCGCGCGUUGCUGUUCUCUCCCCCACCCAACCCAUACUGUGGUUGCUUGGAGCCCAGCGUUAUUUAUUCAUUCAUUUAUUCCGCAACAUUUAAACACAGCUUGAUUAUAAAAAAAACCUCAAAGCAGUUUACAAAAAACAAACAGACAAAAAGAUCAAGAAAAAAUGCAGCAGUACUUUAAAAUGUACAAAAAGUUAAAACAAGAUGAAAAUGUGAUCAGCUUUCUAAAUAUAUCUGGGUAGGCUUGCCUAAGCAAGGAUGUUUUUAGUCCAGUGAAGGCGUCUUCCUGAGGUCCAAAGUGUAGGAACUGCCAGACUAAAUGAUCGGUUUCUUGCAAGUGCAAACGAAGUCUGAGGUGCCAGAUCUGUGGGUCAGGCCGGUCGAGGGGGCGCAUGUGGGGUCAGGCCAUCUCAUGGGUGAACUGGUCCCAAGUUGUGAAGGGCCUUCUAUUCUAAUCGUAAUGCCGUGAACUUGGCCCGGUAGCAAAUGGGCAGCCGGUGCUGACCUCUGAGCCCAGGGGUUCUCUGCAGACAAGGCCUCCCUCCUGAGAGCAGUGGUUCUGCAGCAUUCAGCACGGACGGCAGCAUGGAGGACGAAGGUGGAAGGGCUCUUCUAGGACGGCCCUUGGCCCUUGCAGCUUCUCCUUUUCCAAAAGUGUUCCUCGUAGCAUUGCUUAACUGUUUGCCAGAGGAAAUUGGCAGCCGUGUCUCAGGUGAGCCUGCGAGCUGAUGACCCUUGCUGUUUUGUCGCAGGAUAUCCCCGUCAAAUUGCCCCCCGAGAGACUCGAGGACGCCCACGUGACCAAGUACCACUUUGCGAUGAACGGGAAGUCCUUUGCUGUCAUCCAGGAUCAUUUCCAGGACCUCGUCCCAAAGGUCUGUAUCCGGAGCAGCUCUCGGGGUGGCCAGAGUGGGGGGCAAAACUCCCAUCGCCGGGAGAUGAGCGGGAGGGGAAUCAUGAAACGUCUCUUCUAACUUCCUAUUUCACUCUGUCACGGUGCACAGAGGGGGCAUUUCCCCUGCUCCCCCCACUUUUUUGAUGUCUCAAAUAGAAAAAAAGAGAUGAGAUGAUGACUUUUGCAGAAGAACAUUUAAUAUUAUGUUUCCUCCCAGGAUGAGCAGGAGCUUUUGAGAGCUCUGUGCUGCUGUUUCUGCCCAUUGCAGCGUCGCAUGGAGCUCAGUAUUGCUCUGACAGCCGUCUUGGCUGUGUAACCAGAGCUGAAUGCUAACCAAGUUCAUGUUUCCUAACUAAAAGGCAAAGUUUAAGUUUGGGAGCUGCUAAGAAUAAGCUAACCCUGCUGCAUAAAAAAUUGAAGUUCCCAUGUCUCCACCAUGCACCCCCUUUUCUAGAAACCUUCAGGAAGCUUCCAGGCAAAGUGGUUGCAUCACGACAACACACUUGCCAGGCCUCCUGUGUGGCUUGCCACUGAAUAGCCGUGUUGACCAGUAGCCACUGAUAGCCACCUCCCACCCCCAGUUUGUCUCACUCUUUAAAAAGCCACGCAACUAAGCCGCCAGCUGGCCUGUGGCAGCAACACCCGCAAGUCCAUGGUGCCUUUUGCAUGUAGGAAAUUCCUCUUCUCCCUCCUGAGUCUCCUGCCCCCCCAUUGCAUUGGCCAGCCCAGAGUUUCUCAUUCAUUCAUUUAUUUCUGUCCCACCUUUUCCCCCAAGGAGGAAAUCAUCAUCAUCAUCAUCAUCAUCAUCAUCAUCAUCCACCUUGAGCUCCUUGGGAAAUGGGUGGGGUAGAAAUGAAAGAAAUAAUAAUAAUAAUUUUACUAUUUAUGUGCUGCCCACUCUGGGAGGCUCCCAACAAAAUAUUAAAAACGCAGUACAGUGGAGCCUCGGGUAACGUUGCCUCCAGCUUACGUCACCCUUGGCUUGCGACCAGCAGAAACCCGGAAGUACCGGAACAGGUUACUUCUGGGUUCGCGCUGUUCGUGCAUGCGCAGAAGCACUAAAUCGCACCACGCACAUGCGCAGAUGUGGCACUUCGGGUUGCAUCGUUUUCGGGUUGCAGCCUCCGGAAUGGAUCCCCACUGUAACCCACUGUACAGUUUUACACUGUAACACUGUAAAACAUCAGACAUUAAAAACUUCCCUAUACAGGACUGCCUUCAGAAAUAGUAAUCAUUAUUUUAUUAUUUAUAUGGCACAUGUUCUUCCUCCCCCCAAACAAAAAUUAAUACAACAACCCUGUGAGGUGGGCUAGGUUGAGAGGCAGUGGCUGGUCCCCAAGGUGGCCCAGGGAGCUCCAUGGCCGAGGGGGGAUUUGAACCCUGGUCUCCCAGGUCCUAGCCUGACCCUCCAGCCUCUACACCCCACAGAGACACUCUUUCCCUAAACGAAAAUGCCUUAGUCUUUCCUCCCUGGGAUGGUUUUGGUUCUCCUUCUCUGUACUUUCCCCAGCGAUCUCCUUUCAGGCACCAGGGCUGUGCCCUGUAUUUCGUGAAGCAUUGCAGGAGUUUCCCAGAGUGUGAAAUGCGUCCCUGCCGUCAAAAUGCUUGAUCUCUGCCCCCCCCCCCCGUUUUAAUUACGUUGCUGAGAGCCCCCCCCCCUGUUUUUCAGCUUGUGUUGCAUGGCACAGUGUUUGCCCGCAUGGCACCGGACCAGAAAACCCAGCUGGUGGAGGCUUUGCAAAACGUAGAGUAAGUAUCCCUCUAAUUUUGAUGCUGCUGCUGCUGCUGCUGCUGCUCUUGCUGCUGCUUUGACCCGACUCUUCAGGCAGCCCCAAAGCUUCAUAAAACGCUGUAGCCCCAGUUCUCUGGUUUAAAGGUGAGGGUUGCCCUUCAAGGAGAAACCACGCACUGAGUUAGGGGUGUUGCCCCUGCCCUCUGGGCCAGGGAGCCAGGAGCCAGUCUCCAGAGGUCAGCCCAGGCCACACCCCUGACCUCUUCCCAGUCGGGGAUCCAGCUUCGGCCUGCUUGGGGGCCGGUUGGCCAGUCCUCUUGGCACUAAAGGGCCACUUUUUAAGAAUCUGCCCCUGCCCUUCCCCACAGUGCCUGCCCCCUAAGUUGUUGGGUCCUGUCUCUGGGGGGCGGGCGGAGACAAGCACGGGGAGCCAAGCUGGAACUGCUCUCCCCUGGACAGGCGCAAGGCGAAGAAGAGGGCCGUGGAGUCUUUCUCGAGUCAGAAGGGUCAGGCAGAACAUCUUGCCCACCACCAGCACGUGGUGCUUGAUGCCACGCAGAGCUCUCUGGCGCCCUCUGAUGGGCACAGCAGCCCAGCCCUCUUGGGGAAAACGCUUCCAAGUUUCAGUUUCUUACUGAAUGAGUCAUUACCCAAAGUGUAAGAUGACAUUUUUGUGAACUGGAACUUGCUGUGGAACUGAUCUCAGAAGCCACAUUCAGCUCAGCUCCUUGAGAGCGUAGUGAGGGCAUCUUGGAUGAGGCUGGUGGCCCAGCCAGUCCAGCGUCCUCUUCUCUCAGUGGCCACCCAGAUGCUUCCAGACGCCAUCAAAGUGAGUUCCGUGGUUUAAGUCUGUGCCGCGUUCUGAAUCCUCCGGCAUUCGGCUUCAUUGGACAGAAGGAGAAAACUCGUCUCUAUCCACUUUCUCAAUGCCAUGCAUAAUGUUACAAUUUUUGGCCCCCGCCAAUACUGUAACGGCUCCUUGCUGUGAAGAGGGGGUCUGGGGGCCUUGCGUCCCGGCCUGUGUUGCAGAGAAGGCUUGUUGCUCUGGCAGUGGCUUUGCCAAGCAGCCGUGCCCCCUUGCCUGGCUUUGUGGGAGCCUGGAGCAGGACUGCCAGCGUGGAGGCCUCUCUCUCUCGCUCCAGGGGGCACCAGCGCUCUUCCUCCUGACCAUCUCUGGCUGCCUGGCUGCCCCUCACCCAAUGAUGCCAGGCAGCCCUGCUUCUUCAUCACAGCCAACAGUGGUGAUUUCUUCCCGCUGAGAGUAAUGCACUGGAACCAUCUUUGCUGCAGCUCAGGAUUCCCAGGCCCUGGCCCUGGUCCUCAGCCCAGAUGCACAGACGCCAGGCAACAGAAGCGGGCUCGCGGGGGGCUUGACUUUGGGCCAAAAUGCUGUGGGGUCCUGGCUCUCCCUUGCUUCUUCACACAACGCAUGGUGAAACUAUGGAACUCCCUCCCACCGGAGGAUGAGGCAGAUUCAUGGAGAGGGCUACCAGUGGCCCCUAGCCAGGAAGCCAGCGAGGGGAGAGUUGCUCUUGUUCUGGGCUCCAGCAUGCGGGUUUCCCAUUGAGGCCCUUGUGAGGACGGUGGGCUGCCUUGGGCUGGUGCAGCCGAUUCCUCUUGCCUUCUCAUGCUCUCCCUCUCUCUGCUCUUGCAGUUACUACGUGGGCAUGUGUGGCGACGGGGCAAACGACUGCGGGGUGAGUAGCCUCUUCCGUUUCCGCGCGAUUCUCAUCCGCGGCUCAUUCGCCACACCGAAAGAAUUAACCCUUUCCUUUCUGCUCCAUUUGCGACUGGGCAGGCACUGAAGAGGGCGCACGGUGGCAUUUCCCUUUCGGAGCUGGAGGCCUCUGUGGCGUCUCCCUUCACCUCCCGGACACCCAGCAUCUCCUGCGUGCCAAGCCUGAUCAGGUAAGGGCCGCUUGGAGGGUCUUUCAGGUCCCACCUGGGCACAGCUGCCCCCCUCCCUGAGAGGUGGGGGUGCCAGCCAAGAGGAGGGCCUGGUGGAGGAAGUCCUUUCCCUUUGGGGAAGGAUGCCAGGUCAGGGUGAAGGGCGGCAGCAGCAACCGAAGCCCAGCACAGAAUAUCCACGGGUGGUCAAGCCUCACUGGGGGUCCUGUGUCCAGUUCUGGGCAUCUUUAAGAAGAAUAUCAGUGCGGCUGCAGGAUCCUUGGCAGGUGGCUAUCCAGCUUCUCUUUAGAAACCUCCAGCGAAGGAGAGUCCCGCCUUUCCAGGGAGUCCAUUCCCCUGCCCACCAGGAAGUUCUUCCUAAGCUCUUACCUGGCCUCAGGUAUGCAGUUCUUGACUCGCCUGGAUUUCGUCAUGUGCAUUUCUUUGUCUUCACAGGGAAGGCCGGGCUGCUUUAAUAACCUCCUUCUGUGUGUUCAAAUUCAUGGCUUUGUACAGUAUUAUCCAGUACGUCAGUGUCACCCUGCUGUAUUCUGUGAGUAUUUGAGUCCCCCCCCUCCAUCCUCCCAUGUGGGGCUUCGCAACAUGUGUCUGUGAAGCUCUCCCUCUGAUUGGCUCCGAGGCACGAGAUCCCACCUCCUUCCCUCUUCCACUCUCACCUGAUAGGCCCUGAACAGGUGAGGAACAGGAGGGAGAGUUUCAUGGCCAUCUUUCCCCCGCAAUGGCUCAUCCCUUGUGCAAAGUCUGUGGCAUUCUUUGCUUCUCUCUCAUUUCUGUUUCAACCAGAAAUGCUUCAUGGCAGGUGGUGAAAUGGGUGGGGGGGAAAUCACCUUGCAGAAGGCCUCUGAGCAGGUUCCUAGGGGAGGUGGGACGUGAGCCCCCGAGCUUCCGAGAAGCUCUUUAGCUGGCCUUCAGGGCAUAAAAGAAACCUACUUCCAUCCCCUCUGAAAUCCCCCUUGCGGUUCCUUUGCAGAUCCAGAGCAACCUGGGAGAUUUCCAGUUCCUCUUCAUUGAUCUCGCAAUAAUUCUGGUGGUGGUCUUCACCAGUGAGUAUCCUUCUCCCCGCCUCCUCCAAGGCCGCCCUCCCUCUCUGGGGCAGCUUUGGCCGGCAGGCCUUUCUCCUUCACCAGCCCGAGCAGCUUGCAGAGUUGGGAGUCCUGCAGAAUUCAUUGUGAAGCUGAUGCACAGGAAACAAGUGAUACCCUUAGAAAGGGGGAGGCAACAAGCGAUUUUGCAGCUGUAGAUCCCAAACCCAGAAUCCCGACUCCUUGCCCAAUUCUGGUGUGUAGUUUCAGGGGGAAAAGGGGGCUUCAAAAUUCAAGUUUCUACGCAUCACCAUAGCUCUUUCCAGCCCCCCCCCCCCUUGCAGGUAGCCUUGUGGAGAACGAGCAGCUCUCUGCUGAGUUUGCCUGGUUUACUUGGUGCAGUGCUUUGCUUGGUGGCUGUGUGCUGGUUCUCCCUUUGGGUCUCACCUCCUUCUCUCUCCGCAGUGAGCCUGAACCCUGCCUGGAAGGAGCUUGUGGCGCAGAGGCCGCCCUCCGGCCUCAUCUCGGCUCCCCUCCUCUGCUCCGUCCUCUCCCAGAUCCUCAUCUGCCUUGGCUUCCAGACCCUGGGCUUCCUGUGGGCCAGGCAGCAGCCCUGGUAUGAGACCUGGACCCCUCACUCAGAGUAAGUUGCCCCAGGGGGCCGCGUCUGGGUCCACAGCAGGGGCAGGAGAGUUUCACUUUGGAAUCUGUGGGACCCCACCUGCCCUUUGCGGACCACAUCCCUUUUGGUGAUGGAGGAUGUGGGGGGUGGUGCUCCAGGAGGAACCAUCUCAAAAGCGUCUGCCUCUUAAUUUUGUUUAUUUCUUAUUUCAUAAAAUUUAUGUACCACUUGAUUGUAUAUAUAAGAAAAAGCCUCAAGGUGGUUUACAGAAAGAGAAAACAUUUAUUUAUUUAUUCAUUCAUUCAUUCAUUCAUUCCGACUCCAUGGUAGUCUGUCUCAGAAGAUAACGGAGGAGUGGGCCUCUGAUUAAAAUACUCAAACAGAUUAAAAUGACCACAACUUUCCAGGCAUCUGGACAGGCUUGUCUAAACAAGAUGGUUCAGAGUCCAACAGAGGCGCCUGUCUGAUCUCCAUAGGCAGGGAGUUCCAGAGGGCAGCUGCUGCCACACUAAAUGACCUGAGUUCUUACAGAUGAAGAGUGGGGACACCUUCCACCGAGCGAAGCGAUGGAGGGGGUGCAGGUGGGGUCAGGCGAUCUCGCAGGUAGACUGGUCCCAAGUUGUUAAGGGCUUAUGUACUAAUAGCAACACACUGGGUCCAGGAAACAGUAAAAGUAGCAAUCAUAGUAAUAAUAAUACUUUAUUUUAUUUUGUCUUAACUAGUGGGGGCAUCUUUUUACUUGCUCAAAGUUGUGUUUUUUUUUAAUUGAUUGAUCUAAUAUAGCUAAUUGCAGCCCUUGAAACGAUAGACUUCCUUUCUUUAAGGACAUUUAGGAGUGAGUUUGAGCUGGCAGCUCUCUGGGCCCUGCUGGCCUUGUCUCCUCUUGCUGGAGAAGCACCGAGAGAUAGACAGACAGACAGAGCGUGUUAGAGAUGCUCUAAUUCCAGCCCCCCCCCCCCCAGACCAGCCCAUCCCUAUAGAAGGAAGAAGCCACUGCCAAAGAAGAUAAAGAAGAUUGGUUAGUGAACUAUGCAGGACAUACUAGAUAAUUUGAAACCCAAGAAAGAAAAAGGACAUUGAUUUUUAAAAGAGGAAAUUCUUAAUGCAUACCUUGCAGGCUUGGUGUAUAGGCUUUUACACUGGUUGAACUUUUAAAAGUCACUUGUAACAAGAUGAAUAAGGUUUUAAAAUUGGACUGUUAAGAAUGUAAGAUUUUAUGGAUGUGCAUGAAUAAGCAUAAAAUAAUGGAACCAGGAGGGGGAGUGGAGGGAAGUCAAUUAAGAUGUAUGAUUUAAAUUUUUGAUUGUGAUGGUUGUUUUUUUUGGUUUUUUGUUAUUAUAAAAUUAUAUAUAUAUAUAUAAAACUAAUUCCUCCCCCCCCCACUUGGGUUUUGCAGCGCCUGCAAUGUUUCUAGGGGUCCCUUUGCCAACGCCUCUCAGCCCAAGAACAAGACCCUCCACGACGAGCACAACAUCAGGAACUACGAGAACACGACGGUCUUCUUCAUCUCCAGCUUCCAGUACCUCAUUGUCGCUGUGGCCUUUUCCAAAGGGAGGCCCUUCAGGCAGCCUUGCUACAAAAACUGUACGUGUGCCAGAGUUUGGCCUGGGGCGGAGAAGGGGCCCCGAGCCAGAGCAGCACUGAUGGGCAAGCAGGAUGGGAGGGGGGCUCUGUAGGGGGGCAUUUCCCGCAGGCGCCCUCGCCCUCCGUGGGGUUCAGCUUCCUUGCAGAGGAGGUGCUGCCAUUCUUUGAUGCCCCCUGCCCUGGAGAGAGAGAAGCAGUUGGGCUCUUGCCUCUCUGCUGGCGGAAUUGCUGUAGGAGAAGGGCAGAAAAUGCCUGGGAUUAGAGGGGCAGAAAGGAGCUAUUAAAGGGCCUGUCAAAAGACCCUUCUCUCUUAUAUAUUGUGUAUAUUAAAAUGGAUAGCCGCUUUAUCUUGUCAAAGGCAAAAAACAGCAACCUCCAGCCAGCCAAGACUCCACAUAGAUACAUUAGAAGCAAGGGGGGCAGGAAAUCUAAUACAUUAAGAACACCCCACCCACAUCUAAGAGGCCACAGAUACAGACUAAAGGCCUGGUUAUAGAGUAUUUUUUUCUCCUGGCGUCUAAAGAGAAAUAGGGAGGAGCAGCCCACAAGUGGGGAGCCAGAAAAGGCCCGUUCUCGUGUUGCCACCCUCCAGACCUCUCAUGGGGGGCCUCUUCUACACAGUGGUGGGUGUUCUGGGAAGAUUCUGGUUGGGCAGCGAGGGAGAGGGGGGCUCCAGGGCUGGCAGUGGCGGGGGGGGCUCCUUGGCUCGGAGGGGGUCAGGAUUGGGAAUGGGCUCUGGGAGAUGCAGCCUCACAGCCUCCAAAUUACGGCACAAGGAGAUAGUUUUGCCAAGCGAGACUGCAGGGCUUUGCCUGCUCAGAGGUGUCUCCCUUCUCCCCCUUCUCCCUCCCCUGCAGAUCUCUUCGUUAUCUCUGUGAUCGUUCUGUAUGCCUUCGUCCUUUUUGUCCUGCUGCAUCCCCUGCAGCCCAUCGACUGGUUCCUUGAGGUAAGCCCAGAAGAGGCCGCCCUUCCAUUCCCCGGUGCCAGCUCCAGGGCCUCCCCCCCCCCCAGGGCAGCGCAAAGAGCUCCCAGUCGCUCCCCAGGGUGAGGCAGUGAAACCCCAUUGCUAUUGGAUCUUUGGCGGUUUUUACAGUAACACCAUCUGAGACUUUGCAUGCAUCAGGAAUAUCUUCUCCCUGCAAAAUCAGAUCAACCCCUUUGUGUGAGUAAGGGACCAGCUGCUCCUUAGAGGCCUUACAGAACCCCCCCCCCAAGACACCUGUCCCUGCUGGCUUUCCAGUUCCUCCAUGCGCCAGUGACUGUGUCACAAACUGCCAUGUAAAGGCUCACUUCUGUGAGAGAUCUUUAUAAAGAUCCGAAGCAAUUAUGGGGUGGUCUGAGGCAGCGUUUGAAUGUAUAUUAGUCUCUCCCACUUGAGUCUACACAUCAUUAGAAAUUUAGAAAAUCAUCCGCCUGGGAGUGCUUUCUAAGCUGAUGCGAGAAAACGGUGUAAUCUUACUCUUGGGGAUGUUUUCUCCUGCCAAACAUCUAUUAAGACUUAAGUCCUAGUUUGAAAUAAUACCUGAGGGAUCCUGCUGUCGUCAUGUGGCCUCAGAAUCAUCCCCAAUUCUCUCCAUUUGCACAUUCAGAACACGCUCAGGAUCCUACCAGGAGCCUUUCCAUGAAGUCAUACAAUUUUUUAAGAGUAGAUGGUAAAAAUUUGGCCAGGCCCAAGUUAGGGACCUAGGGAAGCGCAGAAGCUGGAUUCUUGGGCCUUCCAUUGUGUGCAUCGUCUCUGCUCGCCCUUUUCACGCUUGCACACGCAUGUCUCUUCUGCUUUGCAGCUGGUCUGCGUGCCGUAUCCGUGGCGAGUCCGGAUUCUCCUCAUCGUUGUCGUCAACGCCUUUGUCUCCCUUCUGGUGGAGGUGAGUCCUGGCAGCGUUUGGAGCGCUUUCUCUGGCCAGGCUGGAGGCAGUGGCUGCGUGUUUUCUUCUUAAAAUCUCAGUCCAGCAGGCAGGGUUCUGAUUUGCACAAAGCCCCACAAAGGGGGGGGGGCGUUUCUUUCAGACCCUCCUUUGUCAGUGCCAGUGUUCUGGGAUGGUGGAUGUUGGAGGUGGACCCUGUGAGGUGUCUUAAGUAUGUAACGUAUGCGUGUUUGCUCCAUUAUUCUGCCCUCCACUAUUUGCUCAAGAAGGGUGCUGGGGCGGGGGGGAGCAGGGCACUUGAAAUCCUUCAGCCACCACCUCUCUCUGGCUUCCGGAUCCCAAAACAUCUAGCGUAUCUGUGCAGCCACCGUGACAGGAAAUUGCCCCAGGGCCCUGCCCCACACGCCACAUUUCUUCUGCCCUCCCAGAACAUGCUGCUCUUCCCUGUGCCCACCCCCGGCUUCGCCAGAGCCCCAGUUCUGCCCACGCUCUGGGAUUGGGAACAGCCAGCCAGCCCCUCCCCAUGAGUUGAAAGCCCCUGGCAGGUGGAAGCGUUGAACGGAUCUCUGCCUGAUCUCUGUCAGCACAGUUGUCGGAAAACAUCAGGCCAAUCAGUCAGGAGAAGUGCAAACAAGGACACGGUUCUCAGUCCAGAUCUGACCAACAGAACUGAAAGGAUAGUUUGGGGUUUGCCCCAUAGCGAGGGGGAGAGUGUAGCUCUGGGGCUCAAAUCCCACUUGCAGGUUUCCCAUUUAGUUGGCCACUGUGAGAAGAGGAUACUGGGGCAGGUGGGCCGUGGGCCCGAUCCAGCAGGCCCUUCUGGUGUCCACGAGGCCUGGACCAGAGACCCCACCCAGGCACUCUUUCCCAAGAGCCGAGCGUUUGCUAGUCCUGCCGAGAGAGAGAGAGAGAGAGAGAGAGAGAGAGGCCUUCGUGCUGCCUUCUUCUGCCCCGACUGUGCUGUUGUUGUGACCUUCUUCUCGCUAACCUGCAAUGAUGGCUGCUCUUCUUGAUUCUUCCCCUUCCCCGGAACACACCACAGAAUUUCCUCCUUGACACCAUCCUUUGGAAAGUUGUCUUCCACCGAGACAAGCAAGGGGAGAACCGCCUAGGCUCCUCCUCCUCCUCCUCUUCUUCCUUCUCCUCUUCCUCCCACCCAUCACAGGUUGGAACACUGUGCUUUACUCUCCCUUGUCCACGCAUGACACCCUCACGGCUGGGGACGGGGUGGGUUUGUAUGCUGGGGGGCGGGAGGGCCCACGGAGUUUGCCAGCCCUUGGCCCACAGCUCCCACCAGUCCCAGACACGCUGCGCUGGCUGGGGGGGGUUGUAGCCCAGUGCCUGCUCCAACCCCUCUCUGGAGCCCUGCGGAGCCAGGACUGCCAGUCGGGAGACCAGCCUUCCUCGCCCUCCGGACCCCAGAGGUGGUCGGACUACAACUCCCAUCAUUCCUGGCCAGCGUGGUCAGGGAGAACGGGGGCUGUAAUUCGGAAACACCUGGGGAUCCAAGGCCCAGAAAGGCUGGCAUAGGGAAGGCGGAGCCCAGGGUCUGACUCUGUGUCCAUCCACUUCCUCUUCAGAGGGUAUCAGGUUGGGCAGGUCUGGGGGUCUCCCUUUCCCUAAGCCCGUCAAUGUCUUGCCAGUGUCCUUAAAGGGGGGCGGGCUUUAAACAGCCUCCUUGUGAGGCUCACUGAAGGCCAGGGAGUGCAGGGGAAGGGGGGCUGUUAAUUUGCAUCAGGGUCAAGUUUUGGGGGUUGGGGUUCUCCUCAGGGUCUCUGCCGCUGCCUGCCCCUUCCCCAAAAAGGUCAGGAUGGCAUAUGUGUUCUUCACAACAACCCUGUGAGGUAGGUUAGGCUGAGGAGAGCAGACCCUGACGGAGGGAACGUUUCGAACCCAGGUUUUAAUGAUGAAGUGGGGAAGUUCAGGGCAGGGGCUGCCCAUCUCCCGCCCCAAGGAGAAGAAGGAGGGGUGGGAUGGUCCCCAAGGAGAUCCCUGAAGGGGAAGAUCUCCUGGGCUCAGGAGAAGCUCCGCCCGGGUCAGGCUAGACCACAGCUGCUGCUGUUCUAGAUUCUGACUGGGCCGCAGCGCAGGUUAUGUGACCCCCGCCCUCCAUGUCAGCCACAGGCCUGCUCCCAACUGCUGAAAUUCAGCAGCCUGGGAGCUAUAGAUCUGUAGAGACAGGGAGAGGACAUGGCGGCUGGGCAAAGUGUGUUUGGUGGCACCAGGCGGGCACAGAGAGUGAUGCUUGAUGCCAUGGCCUGCCACCUCCAGCCCUGUCGUGUGGCUCCCUCAGGCGCAUGUUUCUGGGGCAUCUGGCACUGCACUGCUGCCAUGGGGCCCUGCCUGCCCUGGGCAGGUGGGGGUGCACCUGGCCUCUGCCCUUGGCUGUGGGGUCUCACCCUCUCUCUCUCCCUCCAGGAGGCCUUGGGGUGCUGCCGCGGCUGCGCCCUCCCCUCGGUGCUGGGCUUCCGGAAGAGGAAGAAGCCCCCGAAAGCCAAAUACGUUCACUUGGCCCAGGAGCUGCUAGUGGACCCCGAGUGGCCGCCGAGGCCCUGCACCACGACGGAGGCCAAGGCCCCCCCGGCCCACCAGAAUGGCGCCUGCCAGGUCAUCACCGUCACGUAGCAGCGGCCUGGCCGGGCGCGUCCUCUUGCCCUCUCUGGAGACACUUCUGCCUGCGGAGCACGUGUUCGGGGCCCUCAGGCCGCCCCCCUCGCCCCCCUCCAUCCCUGGAGUUCAGCGUCCCGUCGAGAGAGAACUUUUCACAAGCAAUGCAAAACGUUGGGUGUUUUUCCAGCCGGCUUCUCCGAGCCUCAUUCCGCUGGCCAGUUCUGGGCUCCGGCUCUGCUCCUCUCGCCCCUGGGGGGAGAUCUGGGCUCAGGGCAGCCCUGGCAUAGCGCUGGUUCCUUCCACCUCGGAGGCUGGCCUGGGGGGCUUUGGGAGCCCAGCAAGGAGGGGGUGAGUUGCCCUUACCAGAAAGUGUGGGUGUUGUGUGUGUUUGCCAAACUCGGUGCUGGAGGCCACUGGUCUGCAGUGCGCUGCAGAGCCUGACCCCGGCCACCUUGCGCGGAGCAGAGGGUGCCGGACGUCACGGUUAGUUUCCGAGUUCCCUCCUGGCACCCCCCGCUCUGUGCCAAGGCUGGCAGUCCCUGCGCCCGACUCGGCUUCGCUACAGGCUCCGUGCAGGAAGCAGGCAAAGAAUCAGCCACGCUGGCUCAGCCAUAUUCUUUACUGAGAAAUAGGGAAAAGAAUUGCUCCUGGCCUCCACCACCAGCACCAAGUGCUUUAAAUCUGCUGAGGCCACGCUAGGUCUCUGGCCUGUUUACACACGCCUGUGCGCGCACACCGAGUUGCUCCAGGGGCCAAGGAUCAUCCGGCUACUCCUGGCUGCCAAGGGCUGACCGCCCCUCCCUUCCCCAGGCUCUGCCUCCGUCCUCGGAGGCCCCUUGGCUUCUCUGGCUGGGCCUCCCUCCGGCCGUGGGGCACCCACCCCAUCUGUGUGCGUGUGGGGGGGAGGUCUUUGCUUUUGAAGUUCAAGCCCAGGGGUCCUGAUAUGCCCUGGGGCGUCUGAUGCCCAUGGCAGAGAGGAGCCUUGCAGAGGAGGCAGCCCGUGCACUGGGAGGGGCACCUGCAAAGCCUUCAAGGAGGAAAUGACCCUCUGUGGACAGCGUCUCUUGAGCGGCAGCAAAACAGCCGGGUCCAUUUCCUGCCGUUUUAUACCUCAACAAAAAGGUGUUGUUGGAAGCAGAGUCUGGGAGGCUCCUGGCCCCAGAGUUGUCCUCCUGCUGCUGCCAUGUCUUGCAGGGGCCUGGCCUUUGGCCUCUGCCGCCUGCUUCCCUCCCCGGCUGCGGGCGUCCUUCCCACCACGGUGCUGCGUCGUGGAGGGUGGUUGGGAUCCGGCACUCUGACACCUCGGGGUGCAAGUGCGAGCCGCCUCCUCUCCCUGGAGCAGGCUGAUGGAGCCAGCAGCAGCAAUAGCGACUUUCUCUCUCUCCCCUGUUCAAAAUGCACGGUUAUUUUGCUUAAAAAGAAGGAAGAGAUCCAUGAAGCUAUGCAUCUUUUGACCUUGGGACUGUGACUUGCCGCACUUCAUCUGACUGUACAGUAGCUCCGUUUGUGUGUGAGAGAGAGGCAGAGAGAGCGUGUUGCGUUUCAGGAGCAAUGCAGGAGAGGUCCUGGCCAGGGGAAGGGAAUGUGUGCCUGUUUCAAGGCGCCUCGCUUGCUGCCCCCGUGCUUCCCAGUGGAAAACCGCUGGGAAGCAAAAAUCGGGGACUGUCCUGGGCAGCCAGGUCUCACUAAGGAUCUUUGGGGCUGGGGGAAGCCAUUUGUCAAUGUGGUGGCGAGAAGUGAUCUGGCCUGGAGUUUGGGGCGCAUUUGCUUUUGGCCUCCCUGAAAUCUGGGCUGGGGUUUAGCCGCUGUUCCUCUUGGGGCGAGCUUGAAAAAGAGGUUCGUCUUCUGGCCUCUGGAAUCUAGCUUGCACGCCAAAAUUCUGAGUUGGUAUUUUUUAAAAAAAUUAAUAAAUUGAGGACUCCUUUUCUUGCUGAAUCUUCCUCAAAAGUUUGUGAAUUCAGGUGAACAAGAUGGUUUAAUGGGGGGCCCUCCAACACUCCGGAAAGUUGUUUUGCCUUUCUGCAGUAAAAUCCAGGGUCACGUCGAGAACUUGGAAUCUGAGUUCCUUAUUAAAUUAUUUGCGUUUUGUGGACCUAAAGUCUAAAUUUGUCCUUCUUUGUGUCAGGAUUGUAAAUAUGGCCAAUUAAAUAUUUUUAAUUUAAUUUUAAUUAUUAUUAUUUAUGCACAUAUCUAAAGGACUAGCUCAAGAGAAGAAUAACCAGAUUUUAAAAUGAUAUAUAUAGAUAUAUAUCGGUAUCCCUCAGGGUUAUUUUUAAAGCUUUUAUCUUCUUCCCUUACCAGGUAGCUAAUGAUACGGUCAUAGGAUCUCUGGGUGCCCCCUUCCAUGUGUCUGUAUGUCUUUGGGGGUAGUGAUGGGGCACAUCUCUCCCCAGUCCAGGCUUGCACAUGCGACUGGGGACGGCUCCCUGGGGCUCCAGCAUUCACGGUGGAGCCUGAAAACUCUGUGUGUGUGUGUGUGUGUGUGUGUGUGUGUGUGUGUGUGUGUGUCUAUGUCUAUUUGUGCGUGUGCCCUUCCGGUUAUUAGUGCUAAAAUUCUACUGUAGAAUACAAUGCAAAAAAAGCCACUUGAUUUGAAAGUGGAGAAUCAAUUUCUUAUUGCAAUCUUCACAUUGGAUACUUUUGAACAAAAUUGCACUCAUUUUAAAAUUUAUUUAUUUUUAGUAGAGAGCAUUUAUGAGGAUUGCCCUCCUAACUGGAUGAGUUAAUCUACUGUAGUUAUCAGGACUGUGUCUGCACAGGGUCCGAGUGAAAGAGAUGAAGAAUCCUUUUUCUUAAAUGCUGCAAGUUCCUUCUGAAACGAUUUCCUCCGUUGUCUCAGGCCUCGAGACUUGAGAAGAGCUCCAUGACUUUAUCCCUCAAAAAUCCCCGUUCCAAAAUGAAACGUUUGUAUAUUAGAAUACAGGUUUUAUUUAAUGGUUCCGUCUGACAUGCUAGCUUUAUGCCACAUAAUGUCAGGCUUUUAAAAACCCCAUUUCCAAUGAACUUCUAAACUCUGGGGUCGAUGACGCAGCCCCACCGCCAGCUCCUCAGGUUCAGUUGAUGGACGAGACCCGGCGGUCUCAGAAGGUUCCAGAAACCGGUCCCUUCGUUCCAGGGGCGCCGGCCAUCUUCCUCCAGGAAAUGUCUGUUUGUGCUGCUUUUAUAAUGGUACCGAUUGUAAUAAAGGCAUUUUGUGUCAUUGUACAUAGUCAUAGCCCUGUAAAAUCUUUUGUGUGCGUGUGAUUUAAGCUAUUUGAAAUAAAGUUGUGAUUCGCUUGCCCUUUCCA